AUGGAGGCGGUAUGUCCAGUGAUGUUGGGGGUUGGGCCAAGGGGGCAAGCCUCCACCCUCCUACACACUUGUGCCCAAGCUGUUCUGUCAACAAGAAAAUACACUCAACAUUUUGCUUACAAUUACAACCUGUUAAGAGUAUUUUGUGGCUUCAGAUUAAAAUCCAGUGGAGAGGACAACCAUAAUGACUCGACAAUAGGUCCCUUCCUAAAGGGUACUCUGCUAUGUCCUAAGCAUUGCAGAUCUCCAGAGUGAGGUUGGUCAACAGACUGGAGCUGACAUAGUGAAAUGUACUGAAGAACCAUCAUUUCUCUCCACUUUGAGGAGAGAGCUAACCUUGCAGAGUCUAGCGUGGGUUUCUUCCUGCUCAGGGGAGGAGAAGCCAACCGUUGAACACUGUAAAGCAAAACAAAAGGCAGAAGAAACCAAUUGACAAAAAAGACUAGGGAGAUGAAAGAGUCUGAAAGAUGAAAGUAAGAAGAGUCUGAUGUCGAAAAAAGUAGAGUCCCUCUAGAUUACCUUUGAAAGGAAUAUAUUCCAAGAUCACAAAAACCUGGAAGCUAAACAAAUGUAAAUAUGUUAGUUCAUUUAAAAAGGCAGAGAAGAGGGGGAGAUGCCACAAUGAAUGGCUUGUCUGCUCUAGAAUCCCUUUGAAGACUGCUCCUGAUUCAGAAACCUAUGCCUGCCCUGAUGUGCGAAGGAGGACACAGCAUUGUGUUCCUAUUGGGGCACUUGUAAUGGAUAGGAGCAUCCUGUACAAGCCUGGAGUAUAGAGUUUAUCUCAAGUGAUUGGAUUGUAUGAGAACAUAGAAGGCAAUGUCUAGUUAAGUGGGUUAAAGAUACAAAAUGGUUUAUUGUGUUAUUUUUGUAUUCUUCUGUUUUAUCAUGUAUUAUGUUUUAAAUUUUUAUGCAACCCACCCUGGGAUUACCUUUAGUGAUGAGAGGAGCAAGUAAGAAAUACUUUCUUUCUUUUCUUUUUUUAAAUUAAAUUUUAUUUUAUUAACAUAUAAAACACAUACAUAUACAUUUACACAAUACAUGUACACAACACACUACCUUAUUUUCAUAACAUAAAACAUACCUACAUUACUCUAUAUAAUACCUACCAAUACUAUACAUAUCAACAUACCUACACACCCACCCCACACGGACACCCAUCAAGUGACUUGACUUCCAGCCAUUCUUGUUACGCUACUUUAUUUUUACAACUAGCUUAAAUGCAUUUCAUUACAGUGGUACCUUGGGUUACAUGUGCUUCAGGUUACAGACGCUUCAGGUUACACACUCCGCUAAUCCAGAAAUAGUACCUCGGGUUAAUAACUUUGCUUCAGGAUGAGAACAGAAAUCAUGCUCUGGCGGUGCGGUGGCAGCAGAAGGCCCCAUUAGCUAAAGUGGUGCUUCAGGUUAAGAACAGUUUCAGGUUAAGAACGGACCUCUGGAACGAAUUAAGUACUUAACCUGAGGUACCACUGUAUUUCUUUUAUCUCUUCGCAAGUAAUAAAUACUUUCAACAAACAAAAAUAAAUAAUACAAUAUGGGUGGCAUCUGACUCAGAGUACAUCCACCGAAAUAAACCAGCUUAGUUGAGUCAUGACUUACUUAAGUCCGUUGAUUUUAAUGGGUCUUUUCUGAGUAUUACAUUUUUAUUUGAACCCUGACUUCCAAAAAGCUGGGAGACAAGAUAGAUUCUGGAAAACAUGGAAAUCCUACUGUUGAUGUAAUGGACUGUCCUGUUCCUUGUGCUUUUUGUUUAUCAUCUUUCAUCCAACUUUCUUCUUUGUUCUCUAAGCUGAAAAGGAUGCAACUUCUCAUAUGACUUCCUCAGAUUUAGUAGUCCUCUUCAUUUCAUUGCAUAAUGUGCUAGCUGGGAAUUAAUUCCUUUCUGGAUAUUAAUUCUUUGAGGGCUCGCAUUAAAAGCAAUAGGGCUUCUUUACAACAUAAUUCCCACCUCAGAUAAAUAGAUGUGAGUGCAAGAGAAUAAAAAAGGUAAAGCUAAUUAUAAUUAGGGCUGAAACAGAAGAGUGCCAGGUCACUAGCAGUCAAGCAUGUGGGGAGUUGGAAAUAUAAAUAUCAACAGAAUUAGAAAUAGUCAAGAUGGAGUGUUGGGCAGAUCUUAUACAGUACAGUGAAACCUCAGUUUUCAAAUAUAAUCCAUUCCAGAAGUCUGUUUAACUUCCAAAACAUUCGAAAACUGAGGAUCAAAGGGCUGGCAGCAAAAUCCAUUGAAAAAAUGGAGAAAUGCGCCUCAGAAGCCAUUCGACUUUCGAGAUACGUUCAAAAACGGAAGCAUUAACUUCCGGGUUUUCGGCGUUUGGCUUCCAAAACGUUUGGCAGCCGAGACGUUUGAAAACCGAGGUUUGACUGGAGCUGGGUUAGGCAAUGUCGUGCCCUCUAGAUGCACGAGAGAAAUUUGCCCAAAGCAGGACAUUGUUGAGUGAGUCACCACAAGUCAGGGACUCCAAUGCACAGGCCAGGAAACUCUUGGUUUAGUCACUGCUAUUCCUGUCACAGAUGAAUACUAAGAACGGGGUAACUUGAAUGUAAGGCUAUAUCUACACUGAUCUGGAAAACGCUAUUUUAAAAAAAGUAGCAAAGCUCUCAAUGCAAUUUUACAUUGACGACAGCUCGCUGCUCUACAGCCCCAUCUGGUGCCACAUGUUUAUAACACAUUUUUAACGUUUUAAAUGAGCAGUGUAGAUUAGUCCUUAGGACAAAUCAGUUUUAACAAAUGAGGAAAAGAGAAAAAUGGAGCUCCUCAGAAAUCACAUAUUGUAAACCAGGGGUAGGGAACCUCAGAUUCAGAGGUAAAUUGCAGUUCUCUGGGCCUCUCUAUCUAGCCCUUGGUACUCUUCCAAGCUCCUCCUCCUCCUCAGCUAUACCCCCACUUCCUGCCCCAGGCCAAAUGUGUUACUAGCCUUACUUUGCACCCUCCUAGAAUGUUUCUACCUGGCUAAAAUGUGGCAUUGAACUCUGAUAAUUAAUGCCUAGAUGGGGGAUACAGAAGGGUGUGCAAAACUAGCUUAAUGUAAAAUGUAUACUGGUAUUUGCUGCUCUGCACAUAAUUUGCCCACACCCCACACCCCAAAGGCUGUCCGGAAUGGAAUAUGGCCCUCGGUAUGAAAAAGCCCCUUUUGUCAAUGAUGAUAAGAGUCUUUUAAAUAUAUAUAUUCCAUAUAACCUUAAUUUAAGAUGCAUUAUUGUUUUGUCUUCUGGUCUGAAAUUUCCUUUGAUAUAAAUGAAAGCUCCCCAAUGAAGGUUAUCUAAGUGGUUUGUUGCUACUGGCAGGUAUUUAGGAUAGAUCACAUAAGGUAGAAACAUAUCUAGAUCCCAGUAUGAGCUGAGAAGUGGUGUACAAACCCUAAUUUUGUUCUUGUGAUUAACAGCUCAGGCUUUUGUCUGCCACAUGCACAGUGCACUCUAAUUUUGUGUGUGUUUAAGCCAGGGGUCAGCAAGGUGGGCUGGAUUGCGGGCGCGCGAUUUCCCGUGUCUGCACAGAUGCGUUUCCCAGUGUCCGCGCAUGUGCAGAUGCGAUUACUGGCGCCGCGGAAUUGAGUCCUCGCACCGCACUGUGCCAGUUUAGCACAGCGCAUGGGGACUCACCGAGUGGUUCAGGGGCAGCUUGUGGGCUGGUUAAACUACCCCCGUGGGCCGCUUGUGGCCCAUGGGCCUUAGGUUGCCUACCCCUGAUUUAAGCUGUCUGCAGAGUCAGUGGAAGAUUUUGGGGCCUCAAAUUUCCAUGGUGCCCUAUGCAACGAAAAAUUUGAUGACCCCCCCUAUCUCUCGCCUUCCAUUGUACAUCAUAGUUGCAGCACCCCCCACAGCACCCCCGAGGCUUCACACACAGUGCAACCAAACCAGUCGCACUCUGGCAGGGUGAUGGAAAUGACUAUUGAAAAUACAUCCGGAUAAAAGCUGUAGGGUUCGGGGGUGGGGUGGGGAGGUAUAACAGACUAAAAGUUCAGCCUGCAACCGACAAAUCUAUAGUGGAGUUAAUUAAUAACACUCUGGUGUCAGAUAGGUAGAAGGCCACCCUUCUCCUCAACCCCUUUUCCUGUUCAUUCAAUUGAAACAAUUAAGAGAAAAGGCUUACCCACCCUUUUCUCAUUUAUCUUGGGCUUGCAUUCUUGAUAAGAUCCUGGGAUUCUGGUCAUUUUGAUUAAAUUUCUUUCUUUUUUUAAAAUCCAAUUUUGACAGUGAACAUUUCAUACGGAAAAGAAAUGCUAUGUGGUUGCAUAUACAUUUAACUUUUAUCUAGUUAUGAAUUCAGAAAUGGACAGAGGCAAAAUAAUAAACUACCAUUUUGAUAGGAACAUUACAUUCUUAACAUUUCUGCAAGGAAAAGGAUAUCCCUGCAGGAAGGAGAAAGGUGGAGCACUGCCUGUGUAGCAUUUCUUGUUCAGCAUUGUACAAUCCUUUGCAGGGACACAGGAAGAGGAUACGGAAGUUUCUACAGGAAGAAGGAGGAAAGUUCAAACAUAAACAGUGGCCAAAAAUUACCAGCAGUUCGUUAGAUUUCCUUUUGCUUAAGUCUUUCAGUGUAAGUCAAUAUAAAAAAAAUAAUCAUAUACAAAGGUGUGCUGCUAAACACGCUAAAGCAAAUAAGAUUAGAACAAUCACAGUGUUUUAACAUUAAAGCAAUCAUUUAGGGAGCAUAUUCGUUUUGUAAAAAUAUAAAGAAGUUUAAAACAGCAUGCUGGCUAUAAGGCAGGCAUUACUAUGACUAUCUGUGGUCUCUAAAUCUCCCACCUAAAUAAAUAUGGAAGUAGGACUUCUAAAAAGAGUUAAUGUCAUUUCCUAAUUAGAUUUGAAUCUUCAUCUUUGCUAUGAAAACUAUAGCAACUUUUUUGGGGGGGGGCGGUAAAAUUUAGCUCUGGCUAGUCAGAAAGUGAUGAUAAAUAUCCCUUCAAAAACUGAGAAUUUGGAUAUAGUGGUACCUCGGGUUAAGUACUUAAUUUGUUCCGGAGGUCUGUACUUAACCUGAAACUGUUCUUAACCUGAAGCACCACUUUAGCUAAUGGGGCCUCCUGCUGCUGCCGUACCUCCGGAGCACGAUUUCUGUUCUCAUCCUGAAGCAAAGUUCUUAACCCGAGGUAAUAUUUCUGCAUUAGCAGAGUCUGUAACCUGAAGCGUAUGUAACCCGAGGUACCACUGUAGUUCAGUUCAAAAAGUAGCUCCUGAAACUAUGAGGUAGACCUGCACGUCUGAUACAUCAAGCCAAACUCAGGUGGAAUCUACACACAUAUAAAAAAUGCUGUGAAAAUGCUUUUUUUAAAAAAGUUUUGAAAAAAUACAUUGAAUUUGGCAUAGUGUCUAGUGUCACAUUUGCAUACUGCACUUUACAACACAUUUAAAACGUUUCAUUUGCAGCUGUGUAGCUAAGUCCUCAGUCAACUAGUCAUGUGUGGCAGCCACUCAGAAUCCCCUUUUGAUAUCUCCCUGGUCCAGACUGCAAAAACAGAAUUGGGGUAGCCAUAAAGAUUUGACAUGUCAGAAUCCAGUUAGUCACAGGUAGCACAGGUGGUGAACUACAGAGCCUGAAUCUGGGAGGAUUGUCUUUCUCGUGUCAAUCAAAAAAAGGGUUCACACCACGAUAGGACAGAUUCAAAAACAGGUUUCUAAAUGAAUGGUCAAACCAUUGAUGGCUUCUCUUGCAGCUUAUGCUACAUCUUCACAAAUAGGUGACUGGAUCUCCUGGUAGUUUGUGUUUUUUAUAAACUGUGUCGGUUUAAAGCACACACACACACACACACACACACACACACACACACCAAGAAUGUUGUGAAAUGAAAUUUGUUAAAGGUUGUGAGAACUGUAGCUUUGUAAACUACAGCUCCCAGGAUCCUUGUUGUCGUUGAGGGAAAUGGGCUUUAAAAGUAUGGCAUAUUCGUAGCCAAAAACGCAGCUGCUUAGGAUGUUUGGUCAGAGCAGCAGCCCAAGGAAAGGGGGUGUUUAACCUCACUCUCUAUUUUCCUGAUCAAAAUCACACACAUAUCCAGGGUGCUCUUUGUCUAAAAGGGGAACAUACAAUGCUCCCUUGUAAUCUUCUCUUUGCAGGAAAAUCCGAAGCCUGAACUGAAGAAGGCAAUUCUGAUAAGGAAAAUAGUGGGGAGAUGUUUUAAACACCCAUAUCCUCACUCUCCUCUCCCCAAUCUGACUGCUGCUCUGAUCUCUUUGAGAGAACAGGAAUUAUGAGGAUGAGGAACUCCAUCUUUGUCAUGCUAAAUUUGAGACUACAGGAAAAUACAGAGGACAACUGAAAUGCGGACGGAAUGAGCUGAAUGGCAGAGAUUUGGAUUUAGAAGAAGGGGCCCUCUAAUGCUAUGAUUAUAUGAAUGACUGCAUGCAGGGAGCAUAAAAACAACCACCACUGAAUUUUCUGCUUAAAUCUAAUUGUGCUUGCUCUGAUCAGCACAACUGACACAAUGCACUUACCUCUAGGGGUUUGUGUUUCCGUUUGGAAAUGCGACUGUGGUGUCUUUAUGAUAUGUGGUUUAUUUACACAUAUAUAUACUAUUUGAGCCUACAAUUCACAGCAUUAACACCCAAAAAGGGUCUUGUUUCUCCCAUAACUGCAGCCUUGGAUUCAAAGAGAAAUCAACCAUUGCUCUGUCUCUCUGGCUUUCCAGCUUGCUGCUUUCAUCACUGCAAAACUCAACUCUAAAUUCAAGCCUUGUCCUUCUAACUAUCUCUGAGUUGUGGGAUGGUCUCCACCCAUUUGUUUGUCUCGCACAGAGCCCUCUUUCAUUUGUUCUCCUAAUGGCCGAUCAUCCAGGUGAUCACCUCAUCAGGUAGCUAGCCUGACUUGAUUAGUUUUUAACACUUGCUGGAUCCAAGGAUUAGAAGGGUCUGGCAACCAGUUUAACACACACACACAAACCAACUCAUAACAGUAUGAAGAGGAACCUUGCUGUAAGCCAGAUCCAAACAUAGGAGCCCAAGCAUGUGGGUGGAAAAAGAGGACUCUAUCUGGGCUCAGAGGUUCAUUGGGGCCUGCCCUGGUUGCAAGCCCAUUACUACAAAGAAUAAAAAAGAGGCUAACUUGUAGAUAAUUAUUGAGGAUGUUAUUGCAAACCUAUGGGGUGUUCAGACCUUGUAAGAUUUGCUAGAGUCAAUAAGUAUUGUAAGAACAAGAAAGACAACAUUCUGAGUAGUAUGUGCUUGCCCUUAUCUAAACAAACCUGGGGACACACACAGAAAGUAAGUUGCACAAGAAACACUAGAACUUGCAGUCUGAGAGACUUGUGCCUCCCUAUGGCAGAUGCAUUCUCAAGAACUACAGAGUUCCUUAGUUGCUGAUGGCAUUCCCUGUACAGGAAUUUUUACCUAAUCACUUUGCACCAGCAGUAGCUGACAUAAUGUCCUCCAGACAUUAGCAGACUACAAUUUAUUUCAGCCCCAGCCAGCGUUGCCAAUACAGUCGUACCUUGGAAGUCGAAUGGUAUCUGUUCCAGGAGUUUGACUUCCAAAAUGUUUGAAAACCAAAUUUUUGCUUCUGAUUGGCUGCAGGAAGCUCCUGCAGCUAAUCGGAAGCCAUGGAAACCCUGUCAGAUGUUCAGCUUCCAAAAAUAGUUCACAAACCGGAACGGUAACUUCCAGGUUUGCAACGUUCGGGAGCCAAAACGUUCGGCAAUUAAGCUGUUCGAAAACCAAGGUACGACUGCAAUUAGAAAUGAUGGGCGGCUGUAGUCCAACAGUGUAUGGAGGGCACAACACUGGUUUCUCCUGCUUUAGGAGAAAUCACUUUGCACCUACCUCCUUCCACUACUUGCUGAAACUUACAAUAAACCCUAAAAAGUUACUGAGACAGGACUUACCUUUGAGGAAGGCAUGCUGACUCUUAAAAAAACCCCAAAACAAGACUUGUCCAUGUAUAUCAUGGGUAGCCAAAUUGAUGCCCCCCAAGUGUUGAAAAUUCCCAUCAUCCCUGACCAUAGGUCUUGCUGGCCAGGGCUGAUGAGGUUUGUAGUCCACAAUACCUGCCCAGCACCACUCUAUUCUGUGUGCUUGUUAAUAUUGUAUUUAAUAAUGCUUUUCACCAAUAGUUGUAGAGCAGGUGUUAAAUUUAGCAGCCCCUUAUGUCCUGGAUUCCUGCCAACCUAGCAGUUCGAAAGCACAAAGUGCAAGUAGAUAAAUAGGUACUGCUCCAGUGGGAAGGUAAACGGCGUUUCCAUGUGCUGCUCUGGUUCGCCAGAAGCGGCUUAGUCAUGCUGGCCACAUGGCUGUACGCUGGCUCCCUCGGCCAAUAUAGCGAGAUGAGCGCCGCAACCCCAGAGUCGGUCACGACUGGACCUAUUGGUCAGGGGUCCCUUUACCUUUAUGUCCUGGAUACUUCCUGAUCCCUUUUUUAAAACUGUUAUUGCACUGGCUGCUUCUCAGUCCUUUGGUAUAGGAACAAGUUAGAUGUCUUUGCUAGAAGACCAGCAACUUCACAUGUCAGCUCUUCAAGAACUCUUGCCAUGGUAAUUCGUUCAUUUUCAAUUUGUCAGUAAGGCCUAGACCUUUAUUGUUGGUCAACCCAAUCUGCAUCACUUCCUCAGACUUCCUUUCUGAAAAAAAUCAGUUUAGGCACUAAUAUCUGCCCUGCAUCUUUUCCAGUGAAUACAUGUAAAUUCCUUCAGCUUUUAUUCAAUCCAUUUAUCGUGCUUUAGCACACCUUUUACUUUUGUGUCAUUCAACAGCUUGCCUUCCUAGCCAGAUUGCUGAGGUCUUUAAAUAAUUUAAAUAUUUUUUAUUAUUGAUCUUAAUGGUCUUUUUGCAAGAUGCUCCUCAAAUUCUCCCCUCGCACCAGCCCAUUACUCUCUGCUACCAUUUUUUGGCUAGAUUAUAUAUAUAUUUGUUCCUUUACCUCUUAAUUUGGGGGAGGCUUCCGUUUUUUGAAGGACGCCUUCUGGCGUCUAAUAACAUCCUUGGCCAAAGCUCUAUAACUAUGCUGGCAUUCUCUUAGGAUUUGAUGGUACCUUUCCUAAUCUGCAGUGCACAUUCUGGUUGAGUUUUGUUUCCAUUAUUUUGGUUUUGAAUAAGCAACAAGAGUUCUGGAGAUAUUUGACCCUCUUGUCUUGCCCUUUUCACUUACAUUUUAUUUACAGACUUCCUUCUUUCUGAGGCAUUAUUGACUUUGUUGCAUUGUAAAUGCUGAAUCUAAUAGUACUUCACUGCUUCUAAGUGGUUAAUUUUGCUGUUCCUUAAAUUACUGUGUGUCAUAGCACUGAAUUAAGACUACAGUCCUGUGCAUUGGUAGUAGCACCUUAAAUUUUAUCAGAGUUGUGGAUUUCAGCAGCCUGUGUACUGGAUUGCAGAGCUUCUCUGCUGGGUCACUGAGCUCAGAAACCGUUUGAUUUUGCAUUUCAAGGAACGGAAGGCUGCCUUUGAACUGUCCCAUUGUGUCUUAAUUUAGCAGUUUAUAGCACCUCUAUCAGUAGAAAGCCUGGUGAAAAGUUGUAAGGGCCACAGUAAUUAGCAGAGCUGAAGUCCAGACACCCUAAUCAACAACAACAGAAAAUGCAGAAUACAGUAUUUGUUGUUGCUUACACUAUAUUAGUAGAGAUAUUAAUACAUGCAUGCUUAUGAAUAGAACUCAAUCUAUUAUUGUAUAACUCUGUUAACACAGCAUUUAACAUACAGAUAUGUGCAUGUGGGGUCUCUCUGCGCGGGUCUGCAAGAACAGUUAAAUGACUCCAGCUUGCUGUUAUCCCAGCAUUUUGGGGGAAAGCUGGUUUAUUAUUUUUCAGCGAAGCCACCUUAUGUUUUUAGUAGCUGUGGCUGAUGAGCCAAGUUUGUUGGUCUUGUUUGAAGCUCCUCCCCGGGGGUGCAGAACAGGAAGAGGUGGAGGUCAGAGGGAGCUGCUGGAGUUCCUUGGUUUGUGUGUGCGUCUGAGUGAAGUUGCCAUUACCCUUUUACUAUGUGUGUGUCUUAUAUUACAGCAAUGCUGCACAUCAGUGGCCAAAGAGAGGGGAGAAGGGAGGAAAAGCCUGUUUACACAGACUGCAAACCGCCUGGGGAAUAAUGCAGGAAAGGAAGUGAGCCGGCUCGCUGUCUGACUGCUCCAACUUCCUGCUCUCUCUCUCUCUCACUCUCGCACACACACCAACCGGGGGUGGGGGUGGGGGGUGGAAGAGAGAAAGAAACAAGGGGGGGAUCAGGAUCUCAUUACAAGAGCAACAGAGCGUUUUCGAGGACUGUCAGUAUGGAAAACGGGGGGAUUUUACGCAGCUCCCUUUAAACCUGCGAGGAGAGAUCGGAGAAGCCCACCAAACUCCGGGUAUGUAAGCUUUUUAAAAGUUGGGCAGAGUUUGGAGGGGGGAGGCAGAAAAGGGCGAGGGGCAGACAGGUGGGAGCAGCAUGGGAUGGCGCUCAGGCGGUCCCCCCCCCCUCACCUUCCCUGAUAAAAGGCGAAAAGUAUCGCGCCACGGGUGGGGGGUGCGGGAGAUCCCUGCCCCGCCACAAGGCAUCCGGUUGGGGCUGCCGGGGGAGGCGGGAGAAGAGUCCCGGGUGCCGGGAGCUCCAGUGGCAGCUCCAGAAGCCCCAGUUGCAGCUCUUUGCUGCGGGGCAGAAGUGCCAUCUGUCGGGGAGGGGGGGUUGGGAAAUGUCUGAGAGGGAGCAAAGUGGGUUGUGUGUGGGGCGCGCGGAGCGGGGGGGGGGGAGAGAGAGAGACUGGCGAGACGUCGCCCUUUUGGACUGUGCGUGAGAGAGGGAGGGCAGUGGGAACUCCCGGGGUGUGGGGGCAGAAAGGAGUCCCUGACUUCUGCAGGAGGCGCGCGUUGUGUCAACUGCUUGUUGUGCAUCUGGCAAUGUGGAGGAGUCUCCACCUGCCGUUGACAAAAAAACGUCGGUGGGGUGGGGGCUAAAGAUGGGGCUCUCUUCUCCAGCGGGGAAGAGGGGUGUGAGGAGGGGCGUCCAACUUGGCUGGAGAAAUGGGAGUCUGGGGGUGCCACUGCGCCUCUCGAAGCGCGCGCGCGCGUGGCGGUGGGGAGGGGUCGCCUUAUGUUUGGGGAGACGGCGUGGGGGCCAGUGCCUUUGUGAAGCGGGUGAGCUGGAAGGCGCUGCGUCGCCAUGAACCACUUUAGGGGUGUGUGAGGGGAGAGGGAAAGAGAGUUUGUAUGUGCGCCUUUAUGUGUUUCCACAACCUGGGAGCGAGGUGGCGGCGUCCCUGCUCUUGCUGCCACAUGGGCCGUUUUAUUAAGACAAUGAAUUUGAGUGUGUGCGCGCAGAAGGAAGGAGUGGGGCGGCGAGGUGGGGUGGGGGGAACCGCACACCAGACUGUAGCCCAGAGGAAUUAGAGCAGUUUGCUUAAGGGCAGCGCAAAUUGCUGGGGGCUGCAAGGAGAGGAGGAAACGGCCAAGGGGCUUUGGAGGAGGAGGGGGGCAGUGUUGGGAGAGUUUCUGGCUUGUCUGGAAACAGCAAGACUAAUUGCCAUGCGCUUCCGGUUUGAAACUGGCAGCAGACAACAUCUUGAAAAUGAGUCACUGCAGCUCACAAAGAAACUCUGUGGUUUUCUCCUUCUCAGGUUUAUGUAUUUGCUCUUUUACAGUUUCCUUUGUAGUUUUGAGAGAGAGCGAGAGCUGGAGAGUUUCCUUCACUCUCACCCUCUGCCUCCACCAAACCCCCUCCCCACUCCAUUUUUAUAUUUUACACCAUCAGUUUAAAAAAAGGGGGGGGAGAGACUGGAGAGUUGUUUUUGGAUCUGGCUGUGCUGAAGGUUAGAGGGACUCUGAUGCUGCAGGAGGAAAAAGUUCCCUGAAUUUUCCACUGGCUGCAGGAAGAGAGCCCAUUUAGUCAUGGCUAAGUAAUGUCUGCACACACCAACUAAUCUCAUUAGGAGUUUCCGUUCCCUAACACAGGAGGGUUUUGUGAAGCCCUCUCAGCUUUUCUGCCCACUACUGUUGAAAGCGAGACAAGUUACAUCUUUAUUUAGUCAGGGUGGUGGGGUGGUGGGACCUACUUAAUUUAAUGCAGCGUCUUUUUUAUCAUGUGAUCUUGAAUGGCUUUUUAAAUGACAAAGGACACAAUGGUUUCAUUUUAAUGUUCCUAAAAUAAGGGCUUUACCCUUUAUUUUGCCUUUUUAUGCUUUUUUAUUGGUUUUAGGGCUUUGAUGUGUAAUAUUUGAAAAUGGGAUCUACCGUAUCUUAUUAGUUCCCGCCUCCUUCCUUCCAUCUCUUUUAGUAAAUAGAGGAUGAUAAAAUGUUUAUCUAAAAGCAAAUAUAUGCUAACUGCAUUUGGCCAAAUUCUCUUGCAACUAAUGCGUGCAAUUUUGUGAUUAUUUUAAAAUAUUAUAUGACAUUUGCAUUUUAACUUAUUUUUGUACUGAAAUAACUUUCGUACCCCGAAUGCAAAUGAUUGGAGGCUGUCCUGUCUAGGGCUGAAUGCGUCUGUCACAUUCCUGUGUACCACUAUCAAAUUUCUAACUGAUGAGGUUACCAGGCAUCUGGGGAUUUUCCUAGCCAUAAUUGCAUUAAUAUCCAAAAACAAAAACAUUUUAUCCAGGAUUGGCACCCUUUGGAUACAAAUGGAGAAUAUCAGGAUCAUUGUGUGUUUGAAAAAAGUGUAAUAGGUAUUGGUUUAUUGCACUUUUAUUUUGGUUUUCCCAUGUUCCUGCAAAACCUGAUAUGCGAUGGUUUAGAAAUUCAAUAAAUUGUAGAAUUCCAGGUGGCUGCAGUGGCUAGGAGUGCUUUCUAUCAAUUGCUGUGGGCAUCCGUCUGCCUCAGGCGACAAUGGAGGGUGCACCUUUGGGGGUGAAGUCAAUUACAUUUUCUGUGUUGACUUCACUAUUUACCUUUGAGUAGUGGCCUGAGAAUUACCAUCCAGGCUUUUGUAACUUCAAGGACUGACUGUUGUAGUAUUGCUGAACAUGGCCAUAUUCAACAGGCACUUGGCUCAGUCUUGGGCUGCGAGCACCUAUGCAAAAUGCUGGGUUUGACCUUUAAAAUGGUGCAUACAGUGAAUACUUUAUCAGUGUCUGCUGUUUUCUGGAGAAGUUAUGCUCAGACCCUUACGAUCAUAGACAUUUGAUGAGCGGUGGGAUGGAGUACAGCCUUUUGAAUAGUGGUACAUAAACUUCAGAAUAGGGACAACCAACUUGGCAUCCUCCAGAUGUUGUUGGUUGCAUUCCAACUCUCAUGAGCCAUGGUUGACUUGGCCAGUGUUCAGUGAUGAUGGAAGAUGUAGUCCCAACAACAUUUGGAGGGUACCACUUUGGCUCUAGAACAUUAUUCCCAAAGAAGCACAACUCCAGAUGGGUGGUUUUUGCAGGUGUAUUCUGCAACAUGUGAUGAUGCAAUAAUAGUGGUGGAUUUAUAGUGAACCAUCCAUAUAUCAUUCCACUUUUAGGGCCGGACAAUAUAUCAAUAUAUUGUCUUAUAUCAAUAUCAAGAGCAAAUCAUGAUAACAAUUAAAAAAUAAUAAUUAGCUGGCAAUAUAUUGUGAAUCGUGUGUGUCUUUGUGUGUGAUAGUCAAAAAGCAUGAUACAAUGGUACCUUGGUUUAAGAACAGCCCUGUUUACGAACCAUUCGGUUUACGAACUCUGCAAAACCGGAAGUAGUGUCCCAGUUUGCGAACUUUACCUCGGUCUAAGAAUGGAAGCCGAACGGUGGAAGGGCACUGCCGGCAGGGGGCCUUAUUAGGGAAAGCAUGCCUCGGUUUAAGAAUGGUUUUGGUUUAAGAACAGACAUCCGGAAUGGAUUAAAUUUGUAAACCGAGGUACCACUGUAUUGUGAAAAUUGGGAAGCCAAUGCUUCUUCCUGUCCUGUGCAGCCGUUGCCAUUGCUAUCUCUGCCUCAGCUGCUCUUCCGUGCCUCCUGUAGCGGCAGCAGCAGACUGAUGCAAAAUUUGCUCUUUGAUAAACUGUGUGUGCACUGCAGGGUGGCUUUCUGCCUUAGCUCUCGGUCUCCCCUGCCUGCCUCCUCAGUGGCAGGCAAAAAUCGUCCUUGGAGAUAUCGUGUGCACGCACAUGCGUGCAGCCUAACUCCGCCUGAGCGCUCUGUUUCCUGAGCAGGUAGAGCUGAACAGCCUGCAAGUGGGAACUUCCCUCCAUCAGAGACGCCAGGCUCUUGCUGAAAGGCAGGCACCAAGUUGGUAAGAGGCUUAGGUAGAAGUGUGGCUUCUGGAAUCUGGAGCCCCUUUCCUCCUCCAGUUCUCAUGUAAAAACAUAAACUUGGGUAAUAGGAAAAAGAAAAAGAAAAACAUGCUGCUCAAGCAUAAGACCCCCUCCUUUUUUGCUGUGCUUGUUUGUUGCAGGUGGGUGUGUGGUUGUCUGUAUACACCUAAGCUGAUUAGAACUCAGUCAAAAUAAAAUGUGGUAUAUCUAUACCAGGCUUCCGCAAACUCGGCCUUCCAGAUGUUUUUGGCCUACAACUCCCAUGAUCCCUAGCUAGCAAGACCAGUGGUCAGGGAUGAUGGGAAUUGUAGUCUCAAAACAUCUGGAGGGCCGAGUUUGAGGAAGCCUGAUCUACACCCAUAUAUAUCUUCAUUCACCAUGCUUGUUAGUAGGCAUUCAGUAGCUCUGAUAAGAAAGAAAUAUUGGGGGAUUUGUUUUGUUUUUGUGAACAGAAAUGCUGGUAUAAUAACAUAGUACCAUACACACCAGGAUUUGACAAAAGACCUCACUACUAACACGUAGGCAAGGAGCUUUUUAACCCUAUGACUAGAAAUUGGGGGGCAGGCGGGCAGGGAGGGUAUCCUGCCACCUCUUCAGUUUUCAAGAUACGCAACAGAUGUGGGGAGCAGGACAACAAAACAGAGAAGUGUUUCUGCACUCCUUUCAUAUAUAGUUUAGCUUGUGUUGCAGUUGGAGUAGGGUUACAUGUUUUCAACCACUUAAGUCUCAGAUUUUCAGCAGUGAUGAUUUCAUUAUGCAUCAGGAGGGUUUUAAUAAGGUCUACUGACACGAAAAUACAUAAAUAAAAAUUCUGUACAAAUUUUAUAAUCUGUAUGAAAUAGGCAAAUGAAGCAUACUUGAAUAUAUUUUCUGGUUUUGUUAAUUAUGGGAAGGUAGAAUAAUUACUCAGGUCAAUGUUGAACUCCCAGUAUUUAUUUAUUUAUUUAUUUAUUUAUGUGAUUUUGCACAAGCUGCAAGCGAGCUUGCAACAAAAGCAAAUAGAUAAAAUAGGGUUACUGUACAUCUGGAAUUCCCCGGGAUUUAACAGGUGAAAAUAGCACCCAGGGGGAAUUUUGGAAAACUGGCAAAAUGUCCAGGAUUUUGAGAUUGAGUUUAAAAAGCUCGGCAACUAUGAGCUUCCUUAAAAAAUCUCAACAACUUUUGUGUCGUGAAUUUUACUUCUAGAAAUAUGGCAACGCUAGAUAAAAUCAUUCACAAUAACAAAUCAUUGCUGCCAGUAUCCAAAGCACUCUUUCAGGUAGUGCAAGGAUUCCACUGAAUAACACUGAAAAAGAUGUGUCUUAAUCAACCACCUGAAACUAUAGCGAGAUGGGGCAACAUACACCUCAGUAGGGUGAGGAACCCCCACCAUGAAAAGGCCAUUUCCUAGGCUCCCACACCACAUACCUCAUCCUGCAUGGGGACCACAAGAAGGGCUUCAUCUGUUGGUUAUGGGCCAGUCAAUAUGGAAUAAGCCAUUCUUACAGAUAUUUGGAUCCCAAGGUGUUCAGGGCUUAAUACCUUGCAUCGGGCCCAGAAAAUAAUUGGCAUCCAACGUAGCUGUUUUUAAAAGAGGGUAAUGUUAUUGUGGCCUGCUGCUUGUAGGUAUUAGCCUGAUUGCUGCAUUAUUUUGUACUAGUUGUAAUUUCCAUAACAUCUUCAGUGGUAGACCCAUGUGAAGUGCAUUAUAGUAGUCCAGUAGAAAUCCAGCUGCUUCUUGCAGCAUUGGAAAUUUUGCCUGGCAUUGCACAAGCGCAUUUUAAAAAUUACCUUUGGAGGCAUAAGGACUGCACCCUUCUUGAGUGAUUUUUGGCUGGCUGGAAUGUGGCCUUGAACAUAAUGUUUCUUGCUUGCUGGCAUAGAUGGAGGAUAGAGAGCUGUGAAGAUGGGCAUAGAAACCUCUGACUUCUACGUCACCUGCAGUGUUAGGAGUAUUUUUUAAGCAUAAACUGCACAAUCACAAUCACUUCACACAAUUUUGGGAUUAGAAUUUCCUGAUUAGAAUGCAUGGAUUUCAGGGAAACCUAUAACAUCUCAUAAAUUAAAUGAUUCAGGCAGCAUUCUUAUGGUAAGUCCCAUUGAUCUUUCUGUAAUACAUUGUAAUACUAAGUAGGCAUAUAUAUGAUGGACUACCUUUUGUUUAUUGGUAUUUCUACCAACUUAUAAACAAAGGAAUUAACUUCAAAUAUUAUUGGUUUUUUUCUGUUUUUAAAUGAGAACCUGAUUUUAAUUUGUUCAUGAUUUAGAAUGAUGCAGCAGGGCUAGCUAAAUGUUUGCUGGCCCAGGACCAAAAUAUUUAGGAGAGGGCAUGCCUACAGAACAGGUAUGCAUACAGAAACAAGCCCCCCAAAACAUGAUGCUGUGUGUGGAUUGAAGUGACACUUUUGAGACUAGGAGGCAAGUGGCUUUGACAGUUGUAGCUAAAGCAGAGGUGAAAUAGCUUUAGAAAAGUUUUGUAUUACGAGAUUGGCAUGAAUCAAGGUAAUUCUUAUAUUAAUUUCCUGGUUUGCUUAUUUGGAUAUUCAGAUUCAUGUGACUGUAAAUGAUGUAAAUGUAAAGGAUGUAGAUGUACAGUGGUACCUCGGGUUACAAACACCUCGGGUUACAAUCACUUUGGGUUACAGACUCCGCUAACCCGGAAGUAAUACCUUGGGUUAAGAAUUUUACCUCAGGAUGAGAACAGAAAUUGCGCGGCAGCAGCAGGAGGCCCUAUUAGCUAAAGUGGUACCUCAGGUUAAGAACGGUUUCAGGUUAAGAAUGGACCUCUGGAAUGAAUUAAGUUCGUAACCAGAGGUACCACUGUAUAGCUGAUGUUCGGGAAGGUGGUGGUAGGGUUUGGCAGCAUGCCCUCCCUUAUCCUUACAUGUUUGCUUACACCUGAGGAGACUCAGUGUCCACGUAGGGCAGAGAGAUCUGGUACAAAUGUAAGACGACUAUGAGAAUGAUCUUUUGAGGAACCUUGCACUUUUGUACCACUGCUGCCUCCUCUCCUUUCUUCUUAGCAUGAAGCAGUCUCUUUCCUGGUUUUGUGGCAAACCAUAGUUUAUCAUUCUGUCUCAACUGGAAAAACUAUUUUAUAUGAUUGCCCUGCAAAACAGGAUUGAAAAGCAGAGCUGGAUCCUAGUUUCUGGUUCUGAUUUAUAGGGCAAGCACAACUAUAUCUUGCUGGUUUGAAUGAGAUGGCAGAGUAUGCUUUGCCUGAAGCAAGGAAAGAAAAGAGGUCAUCGCUUUACAUGAUGGUAGGAGGAAGCAGGUGUGCCUGAAGCUGCUUAAAAGCUGAUUCUCGUAACACCAACCGUGGUGUGGUGUUAUGUCUGGACUACCCGAAACAGGUGGAGUCCUUUGCUACUAAGUAGACUAUCUGCUCCUAAUUAUGCAUCUUGAAGGCCUAAUGUACACGGGAUCAGGAAGUGCACAAUUUAUUCUGAUAGAUUGCCAAAAUGUGAAGAAACCAGCUGCACACUUGUAUGUAAAGCAUGGUACGUGUAGAAAAAACCCCAGCUUCUUAAAGAGAAAAGUAUGUUGUUAAAAUAAUCAAUGUUCUUCAAUCCAUGUGUGCCACGGUGUGCUAGAUAACUGUCUUAGAAAUAAGAGAUGGAAAAUAAUUUCUCCUUGAAACAUAAGUGAUGAGACACAAGGCACUUACGUAUAUACUACAGUGGUGCCUCGCAAGACGAAAUUAAUCCGUUCCGCGAGUCUCUUCGUCUUGCGGUUUUUUCGUCUUGCGAAGCACGGCUAUUAGCGGCUAUUAGCAGCUUAGCGGCUAUUAACGGCUUAGCGGCUAUUAACGGUUUAGCGGCUUAGCAGCUUUAAGAAAAAGAAAACAAACUCGCAAGAACUCGCAAGACGUUUCGUCUUGCGAAGCAAGCCCAUAGGGAAAUUCGUCUUGCGGAAUGACUCAAAAAACGCAAAACCCUUUCGUCUAGUGAGUUUUUCGUCUUGCGAGGCAUUCGUCUUGUGGGGCACCACUGUACAGUGGUACGUCGGGUUACAUACGCUUCAGGUUACAUACGCUUCAGGUUACAGACUCUGCUAACCCAGAAAUAUUACCUUGUGUUAAGAACUUUGCUUCAGGAUGAGAACAGAAAUCGUGCUCUGGCGGUGCGGCGGCAGCAGGAGGUCCCAUUAGCUAAAGUGGUGCUUCAGGUUAAGAAUAGACCUCUGGAAUGAAUUAAGUACUUAACCCAAGGUACCACUGUAUAACUUUAGGCUUCUGGGAGCAAAACAAAACAAAAAACAAACCUCCUAGUGUGAGCUCAAUGUUAUUUUCUUUUCUGAACACAGCUCCUUCCAGGGCAUCAGAGACAUGCCUGAAAGUCUUCUUUUUUGCAGGGGAGUGAAGUUGAUGUGGACCCCAGCUUCUAAUUGAAAUAGAUGUAACCUUGUUUUUAGCAAACCUGAUACACUUCAUGCUCCAUGAUUUCCUCAACAAUUGUGCAGUCAGUUGUCCUGUAGUGUUUCAUUCCCUUCUUUGCAAUUCUUAAAAAAAAAAAAAAAGUUUAACUUACUAAACUAUUGUGGUUCCAAUUCACCUCUAUCAAAACAAAUAAGAAAGCAAAACUACCAAAUGUCUAAGCUAACUGGGAUCCUUUCUAUCCCCAGCAAUGUGUUGAAAUAGGGUGUGGUAUGGAUGAUCUUAGGGCAGCAUUCACUUAUGCAAGGACUUUUGCUUGCCUCCCUAUUGCCCCCUGUAUCCCCCCUAUAUUGGCUUGGGGGGUGGGGUUGGAAGAAUCCUAAUAACAGUGCAAGGGGGAGCAGUGGUGUAGCUAGCCGCUCGGGUGCCUGGUGCGGGGGCGUGUCCUGCAGUUGGGGGCAGGGCGAGCCUCUCCAACGCUUGGAGCCUCUCUGCCACCUCCCCUUCAGUUGUAGGGCAGCUGAGGGAGAGGCAGUAGGCAGACACAAGUCCCACACCGCCGUUUCAGGCAGCGCGGAACCUGCAGGAGCCUAAGCCACCAUGUCACUCCUAAAAAGUUUUGUGAGCCCAAUUUUUUAAAUGGGGAGUGGGUAUUGUUAUGAUUGGCAAACUGGAAUGCUUGUGCAGAUGGAACAACAGGAAGAACACAAUGUUGAAUUUCUGCCCUUAGCAGUUUCCCUGUAUUGUAAAUUCAGUUUUUAUGAACUUGCACCACUUCAAAGACACCAGAAUAGAGUCCCCUCUGAUUUUGUACAUUUUUUUUACCUAUACAUUUAUCUUUGUACCAAAAACAUCAUCACGAGAGGGAUGAAGGGGUCCUUUGGACCCCAGAAUUAAAUUUUGCUGUAGGGAAUUAAUUAUAAAUUAAUUAAUUGUCUUCAUCUUGGUGCAGGAGCAAUGCUGUAGUUGUAAAACUUGAAGCAAAGGAGCUCAUCAUGGCUCAAUAGUUGAGGACAUGUUUUGCAUGCAAAAUGUCCCAGGUUCAAUCUCUGGCAUCUCUAGUUUGGGCUGGCGGAGACCAGUGCCUGGGGCACCAGACAGCUCCUGCCAAUCUGGGUGGACGACACUGAGCUAAGUAGGGACCAACGCUCCUAUGUCCUUUUCAGCACCCCCUCCUUAGCCACAUCCCCAAGGAGAGUCUUAAGAACACAGGCAGCUGUACUGUUCCACUAUACAGUGGUACCUCGGGUUACAUACGCUUCAGGUUACAUACGCUUCAGGUUACACACACUUCAGGUUACAGACUCCGCUAACCCAGAAAUAGUACCUCAGGUUAAGAACUUUGCUUCAGGAUGAGAACAGAAAUCGUGCAGUGGCGGCGCGGCAGCAGCAGGAGGCCCCAUUAGCUAAAGUGGUGCUUCAGGUUAAGAACAGUUUCAGGUUAAGAACGGACCUCCGGAAUGAAUUAAGUACUUAACCCGAGGUACCACUGUAAUAUAUAAAUACAUAUACAGUGGUACCUCGGGUUACAGACGCUUCAGGUUACAGACUCCACUAACCCAGAACUUUGCUUCAGGAUGAAAACAGAAAUCUUGCGGCGGCAGCAGGAGGCCCCAUUAGCUAAAGCGGUACCUCAGGUUAAGAACAGUUUCAGGUUGAGAACGGACCUCCAGAACGAAUUAACCAGUGUACUCACAAGCGGAUACACCCAUAUACCAAAGAACAGCAGUACAUAGCCUUAAUAUCCAUUUUUUAUUUGUAAUUUUCUUUUAAAAACAAAGACUCAGUUAGACUACUGGAAUACUUCAGAUAUUUAUUCUGAGCUCAGUUUUUCAUCUAAGCAUUUUUUUGCUUCUGUUUUUUCUCCCAUUAACAUUAUGGGGUCCAAUGUGCCCCAGUAGCUUUUGGAAUGUGAUAUGCCAAUACAUCCCCCCCUCCCCUGUUAAGCUGAGAUCAUUUAAAAAAAUCAUAGCUUUUAUUUCCAGCCAGAACUUUAAAGGGACUCAGGGAACUCCAAUCGCAGAUCAACACUGUUAAAAAUAAUGGGGGAUAAACUGAUGGAGGAGCCUGUAUUCAAGAGAAACCUCUGAAUCUCCCUCUGGGGGCGCUCUCCUGAAGACCGUAAAUGGAAUAUGAUCCCUCUGGGUAUCAGCUGCUGUUGACAAAGAGCAAUAUCUAUCUGCACUAUGUCCUGCUUAUGAGUUUUCUGUAAGCUGGACUAUUAUGAAUCUGUAGCCUGAUAUUUAGUAGAGCAAUUAUUAUGUUCUUAAUGGUUCCAAACAAGGAACCGUUUGUUGCCCUUGCAUGGUAUAGGGAGCCAGGGUUUGCUAUUGGAUAAUAUUUUAGAUCUUGAUUAAAAAAAUAAAAUAAUCUAUGGCGGCUUGGAGUAAGGCCAUUACAGGUUAACUACUUUAAAAGUUAAAACAAAUUAAGUUUGCUUGCAUUGCAGAUAAUGCAUUUGAAGAAGGGAAAUUUUGGUGGGAUAUCAGCGUAGAGCAGAAUAGUUAAAAACCCCGAGAUGUCCUGAAAAAUGGACUGGUAAGGGCCUCUAUAAUUAUUAUAUUUACAUUUCCUAUACUUAAUUGUGGUGUCCUUUGGGUUACGGUAAUUUGUGUUGGGACUACUCCAGGAUACAUUUCAACUGAUUCAUGUCAAAAGUAGCCUGUUUAUUUACACUAUACACACCCUUCACUUCCGUAAAUGCUGACUCAUGGCCUAGCUGUAGUGGAGCGCUGAGCACUUUGCAAAGUGGUUCUUUAUUUAUUUUUGCUUUUGCCACGUUGAAUAUGGGCACCGCUUGCCUGCCAGAAAGGUAUCUGUUGGCCUUGAGCUCUUCUCUGUCAUUGCAAGCCACGCCCAAUGUUGUUACAACAGGCCAUGAUGACAUGCUUGCUCUGAAACGCAUACUUUCCCAUGCCAACUCUUGGUUUAUUCUGCUAUUUUCUGCGGUUUGCUCCUUCACUAUUUUGCACAAUAAACAUCGCAUAGAUUUGAGUGAUGAUGCAUGUUUGUUUUAUUUGAAGCUUUUUUUGCUUUAAUGAAUCAGCUAGUAUUUUGGAGACUUUAGAGAAAGACAAGAGCAUAUUUGUUCUUAAGAAUUUUGUUGAAUUAUGUAUGACUUCAGAAUUAGUCAUGAUUUAGAGUGGAAUGUCAAGAUGUAGGAACAGGAAGUCAAGCUUACUAAACAUUGAAAUAAAACACUAAAGCACAAAGUGUUUUAAAAUGUAUAUAGUUUGGAUUGUAUAGGUUCUUUCUUGAGAACAGGAUUAAUUUUGAUGUUGGGAUACACUUUCUCAAAGUAUUUGUUCAAGUGCUGGCACUUAAAAGCUGUUCCAACUGUUGAUGAUACUUGUAUUUGUAUGACGGGAGACAAGGUGGGGACAUAUGCAGCAGAUGGAUAAACUCAGGCUAGUGGAAGAGUUAUCAAAAACACAAAACUUUUCAACCUGUUCCCAUGAACACAAAUUAAUGGACGUAGGGCUUGUAGCCUGGAAAAAGCUACACACUGACUAAUAGUCAAUAUGGUUCAGUUUAUGUACAUCCUGUACCAGCAGCACUCUCAUCACUACAGAAUACUGAAACGCAGCUGAAGGCUAGAACAGGCAGUUGCAGGAUGUCUUAGCACCCUGCUGAAAAAGAGAAACAAGGAAAUGGAAGACACUCCAAGGAACUGGAAAACAAGUAUGGAGUCAACAUAAAUCCCAAUUAGGGUGCCGUGUCUUCCUUCAAGCCCUUCACAGCAGGCACCAGAACUCUAAAGGACGCACAUACAGUAACCUAGUGUGGAACAAACCAGUGCAAUAUUCAUUUGGCCAUAGGUCAGAGAAACCCGUAAUACAUAGUAAUCUGCUUUGAGACAUUAUGGAAUUGCCUUUCUAGGAAUGCUUUGAGGAAACACUGGGCAUGCAUUUGCUGCGAAUGAUUUAGGUAUGAGAAACCCAGGACUUACAAAGCACAUCACUACUAGCAUAUAGUUGGUUUAUCUGCGGCUAACUACGAUUAGACAAGCACUGAAUAAUUUAUUUUAAAAUUUGAUAAGGUGCAUGUGUGUUAGUUUCCUCAAUCAUGUUUAUUUGAGUUUAAUGUAAGCUUAGUUGUUUUUCUUUGCACAUAAUGUACCGGUAUUCAGUUUUAUAUUGUUUUAUCCCAUGAGCCACUCUGCUGAAACAUGCAUAGUAAAGUUUCUUGUAAAAUCAAAUAAUGCUUACAAGAGGUUUCUUUUAUGCACGGAAUGGCGCAGGAAUAGAUAUUUUUCUGAAACCUAUAUUACAUUUUUAUAACAAAGGAUCUGCCUUUUUCUUCAAACUUUGUCCAUUAGUGUUAUGCUGCAUAUUAAUACAGGUGAAACUCAAAAAAUUAGAAUAUUGUAGAAAAGUUCAUUUAUUUCAGUAAUUCAACUUAAAAGGUGAAACUAAUAUAUGAGAUAGACUCAUGACAUGCAAAGCGAGAUAUGUCAAGCCUUUAUUUGUUAUAAUUGUGAUGUUUAUCACGUACAGCUGAUGAAAACCCUAAAUUAACAAUCUCAGAAAAUUAGAAUAUUAAAUGAAAUCAGCAAAACAAGGACUGCAAAUAGAUCAAUAUUGGACCUCUGAGAAGUAGAAGCAUGCACAUGUACUCAGUACUUGGUUUGGGCCCCUUUUGCAUCAAUUACUGCCUCAAUGCGGCAUGGCAUGAAUGCUAUCAGCCUGUGGCACUGCUGAGGUGUUUUGGAAGACCAGGAAGUUUCAAUAGCAGCCUUCAGCUCUUCUGCAUUGCUUGGUCUCAUGUCUCUCAUCUUUCUCUUGGCAAUGCCAAGAGUUCAGGGUUCAGGUCAGGCGGGUUUGCUGGCCAAUCAAGCACAGAAAUCCCAUGUCCAUUGAACCAGGUUUUGGUACUUUUGGCAGUGUGGGCAGGUGACAAAAGUCCUACUGGAAAAUGAAAUCAGCAUCCCCAUAAAGCUUGUCUGCGGAAGGAAGCAUGAAGUGCUCCAAAAUCUCCUGGUAGACAGCUACGUUGACCCUGGAAUUAAUGAAGCACAGUGGACCAACACUAGCUGAUGACAUGGCUCCCCAAAUCUUUUUUCUGAUGAGAGCAGCUUUUGCAUCUCAUUUGGAAACCAAGGACCCAGAGUCUGCAGGAAGAAUGGGGAGGCACACAAUGCCAGAUGCUUGAAGUCUAAUGUGAAGUUUCCACAGUCUGUGUUGAUUUGGGGAGCCAUGUCAUCAGCUGGUGUUAGUCCAUUAAGUUAAUUUGAAACUUUCACAGUUUAUUUUAACUAUCUGGAACACCUUUCCCCAAGGAAACAUGUGGAAAAAUUCCUUAGUAAUUCUUAUUUCAAAUUAAAACAAAUGUUGUUGUUGUUUUCACGGAGUUAGUGUAUAAUUAUAGUGGCAAAAUGCUGAACAACUCAGUCAAUCUGAUUAAUUCUUUGCCAGAGACCUACAAAAUUUAGGUUGGAAGUAUGGAUGAUAUCCAACUAAGUUGUACUCAGAGUAGACCCACUGAAACCAAUGGCCUUAAGGUCAUUGGUUUCAGUGGGUCUACUGUGGGUAUGAUUAAUGCAGGAUAUCACUUUAUACUGCUAAGUGUAGAAAACUUCAAUUCUUUCUCUCAGUUGUACAGCAAUAUGUCUUUUGUGGGUUGCAUUCCCCCAUAAAGUAAUCAAGCAGCCCAUGUGUUUGUAGAAGCACAAAUACCCAGAUGAAAUCUAUGCAAGGAGGGCCUGCCACAUCUUGAUAAAUUCUGGGGAAUGUUGCGUAAAUGAAACAAUCUUAGAAAUGAUGGAGCAACUCCUGCUUGACCAAAGCACUGUGUGUACAUUAGAACCCCAUAGAGCUUUGGAUCAUGGCCGAGGUGCCACGUAUUAUUAGUGCAAAAAUGGAAAACAGAUAAGGUACCAACAAAGGAAGAAUGGCAUGUUAAACUGUUGGAAUAUGCAGAGCUAGCAGGGGUGACCAUUAGAAUAAUAAAUCAAAAUGAUGAAAGAUAUAAGGAGGACUGGAUAUUGUUUAUUGAAUAUAUGAAAAGUAUUAUAAGCAAACAAUUUACCUAGCAGGAUGGUAAGAUUUUCAGCAGUGUAAAAAAUAGCUAACGUUUAUAAAAGUGGUUGUGAUAGGGUGAAUCAAGAGAGCUAGCAUGAUGUGUAGUGGCUGGAGUGUUGAACUAAGAAUGGGGAGAUGCAGGUUCAAAUAUUCAUUCAGCCAUGAAGCUUACUGGAUCACCUUGGGCCAGUCUCUAUCUCACAGCCUAGCCUUCCUCUCAUAUAGAAGGUGUUAAGUUGUGGGUGAACAUAUCAGACGACACAGCGAUUCUUCAGACAGCUCUUGUUUAUUCACAGGCCAGAACAGAACAGAACUGAAGGGUUCAGCCAGCCUGCUUAUAUAGAGGUCCACUACAAUGCAACAGUAAUAACUUUCUGUAACUAUCCAAUCACUGAACGUCACUUUCAAUUCCUAAUUUGCAUAUGUGGACCUGAGUGAAAACUAUCUACAGUAUCCCUCUGCCGGCCCAGGGUGAGAACUUCAGUACAUAACAGAGGGUUUUUGUGGGGGACCUUGUAUGCCACAUUGAACUCUGUGGCAGAAAGGUGGGAUACAAAAGCAACAUAGGAAAAAAAUAUCCUAUUGAGAAGACCAUCAGCUGUAGAACCGCUUGGUUUUCUUGUGUUCCUUUGCUCAGGAGAUCUACAUGCAUCAAGUCCCCAGAAGUGUUGUGUCGUCUUGUAUUUUGUAGUAGUAGCAGGAGUAGUAGUAGGUUUUUUUUGGGGGGGGGGCGGCUGGCUCUAGCAACUUGUUAGCAUAUUCCUAGACCUGUAACCCAUGUAAACUCAGUGUUACCUACAAUGUUUCCAAGCUCAAACAAAACUUGUAGGACUCAAGGUACUGAAUAUUUUGAACAAUUCCUUCAUGACAGAUACCUUAUGAAGAAACUAACGGUUUCUUCUGACCUAUAAAAUAUAAACAAAGCUGUAGCCUAUGCCCUUUUUCUGUCUGCAGUUGGUGUUUAAUGAGAGAUUAAACUUCAUUUAAAAAUUCAGCCAACUAGGAUUAGAUUCAUGUCCAAGCAGCCAUGUACAGGUGCCCAAGUGCUUCUGUGUGCUCAGCAGGGCUCUUUGAACUUUCCCUUCUGAAUACUGCACCUUGUUCUUCAUUGGGCCAUAUUUCAGAGUGGUCUUUGUACAGGGAGCUAUGUUGGGGAGGGAGAUUCAGGUGUGUGUGCUCCUGUUCAUGCCUGCAAGCACUGCCCAUAACAUUUUCCAUCUCCACCCCUUCUAUAGGGAAACAGUGAAUGGGUAACACAAACCCAAAGAAAGAGAACCACCAAGGCUCACUUCUUUAAUGGAAUCUAAGAUGGAUUUUAGUUUCGCAGUACUAAUAUUUGGCUUCUCGCAGUGCAGUCCUAGCCAUGUCUACUCAAGUUAAGUUCUGUUGAAUUCAAUGGGGUUUAGCCCCAGCUAAGUGGCAUGUUACACUAAACAUAGGUGUGAGCUGUCUCUAUACAGGUACAUCUGCUUGUGUGAAAGAGUAUAUACAUUUGUUGAUUUGUUCAGCUCGGCUGUCGUGUACACAGGUACACAGAUUGUACACAUGUUGAACAUUGCAUGUAAAUCAUUGUAUGAGUGUACAGCUCAAACUAUUUGUGUACACUCGUUCAAUCCCAACAGAGGGCUUUGCAGUGGCAGCCAGGAAUAUAAAACUUAAAAUGCUUACACAGGACUUUUCCCUUUACAUGCUUUAACAACCCUUGGGUUGAGCUUCCCGUGACAUCAGGGAUGUUUCUAUACUUGAAAAGUACAGCCUACGCUGUGUAAUAUUUCUAGCACUGAUGGAUAGACUUGUAAAAAUGUGUUGCCCCAUUUAGCCUGUUUACUGUCAGUAUAGCAAGCCACCUUCUGGUGAGAAAAACCGUUGGGAGGAGAGUCCAGAAGAGGUGGGGAGAAUAGAAGCUUCAAAGUCUAUUCAAAGUAUAGAUUUGUCAGUGAGGAAGGAGUGUAAUAAAUAUUACUGGGGGAACAACUAAGCCAGGGGUCAGCAAACUUUUUCAGCAGGGGGCUGGUCCACUGUCCCUCAGACCUUGUGGGGGGCCGGACUAUAUUUUGAAAAGAAAAAAAAUGAAUGAAUUCCUAUGCCCCACAAAUAACCCAGAGAUGCAUUUUAAAUAAAAGGACACAUUCUACUCAUGUGAAAACACGCUGAUUCCCAGACCAUCCGCAGACCGGAUUGAGAAGGUGAUUGGGCCAGAUCCGGCCCCCAGGCCUUAGUUUGCCUACCCAUGAACUAAGCAGUCGUAUACAAGUAGCAAUUACUGGUUUCUGUUUCAUCCUGAUCACAUCUAAGUUUUCCAUGUUUAAAGAAGGGGUAGCCAUCUCAAGUUUUAUGUAAGUCAGCAAAAUAAUUAUCUCUCUGCCACACGGACAUGAGAAGAAUACAGCAAGAUUCAUAUGGAAAGAAUAAAGAUACAGGCUGGCUUUGAACCUGGAACCGAAUGCUGUGCCAAUAUGCCACAGAUGCUCACCACAUGAGCGGGGCAGGAAGCAAGAUGAGCCUGUGCACAUUUUUAUUUCCAUCCCAUGAUAGAUUUUUGGAACCAGUAUAGAUUUAUGGGCUUUUUGGUUACCCUUUGAAACAUCUGAACAGGUUGGAUUUUAAAAGCCUUAAUGAGGAGGAACUAGCAACAUUUCCUUCCUGCUGAAGGCAGUUUCCCCAGUCUAGGAAGAAUAAUCUGUGUGCAGACUCAAGCUUUUAUGUGAGGCUUGCAUUGCUUGAGGAGACCUGGAAUAGCAAAGAUGCAUAGAGUAAAAAAAGGAGCAAACCCUACAUUCAGCAUCCUAUAGGGUGGUAUGUAGGGCAAUUCUUGCAGGGCUGGGCUUGCAUUCACAUCUCCUAAGGGAUGACUUGUUAAGUGUGUAAUUAGUUUUGUUAAAUUAAGUGGUAUAACAUUUUUAUAAAUAAAAGUACUGGUGUAGUAAACUUCAGUAGCAAAAAUGAACUGCUAGGAUGCUGUAGAACCAGGACUCACACGGACUCCUCUACCACCACCUCCGGGCCAACAGGGAUCUGGUAUGGUCAACGUUAACAAGGCUGGCCUGGGGUGCAUUGUUGGAGGUGAUAGUGCAACAAAUAUAGCUAUUGAAGCUAUCAAAAUCUUGACUGAAACUAUCUGGAGGCAGAAGAAUUCAAAAGGUGGUAGGGGAGAAGAAAAACUAAAAGGAAGAUAGCGUGUAGGGGAGAAAUGCAUAACAUUUUGAAAUAUUAGUGAGCAAAUUUCAAGCAUGCCUAUGAGAUUAAGGGAGAGGAGAAAUGUUAUAGCUAAGAGGAAAGUUGAAUAGGGCAAGUUUAAACUGUCAGAAAAUAUAAGAACAUUUGACAGGUACUUUAAUUGUCUUUAAAAGCAGCUCUUCACAUUUUGGAACAUCGCAGCUUUGGCUAUGGCAGGCACCUCAAAAGUCAUCCAGUACCUCUUUAUAUAUUAAGUCAAAACUUAAGUUACCCCUAACAUUGAUGUAUAUGGUCACAUUCUACUAAUGUAAAAACACGCUGAUUCCUGGACCAUCCGUGGUGAUUGGGUCGGAUCUGGCCCCCAGGCCUUAGUUUGCCUGCCCAUGGUUUAAUCUCUGCACUAGCUUUUUAAGGACAUAGCAUGGGAUUUUUAAGAUUUAAGCCUCAUACCUAAUCACUCACCUUUUCACAGCAGUUUCCUUGAAAGCAUACUGUGAUGCAUACAUACAUGACUGAUAGGCUCUAAAGUGCUACAGGCAAUGCAUUUAACUUCUGCCUGGAAGAGUUCAGUUCAGCUUGAAAGUUUACUGUCUUGCUUAAUCAGUUGCUGCAACAAAAGACACAAUAUUCCAAAUGGCUCUGGAAACUUUCUGUGUUGUUGCUGGUUUUCUGAAGCCAUCUUAGAGGCUUCAGGAGUUGCAAAAAAUUCUUAAAUGUUUCCACUGGGUGGUGCUGCAGGAAUUCCUACCUUUUAACUAAUAUCUGGCUUUCCCAGAAAGACGCCUCUGAAAUAUAAUAGGAGGAAGUCCUGAUUUAGAUUAUACAGUGUCAUCAUAUUGGGGCGGGGGGGCGCAGGCAUGAGGAUGCACUGACUGGGAAAUGAUGCAGUUCUGGCUAUGGAAAACAGGAUCAUCAAAUAUUGUGUCAGUUACCAGAGAGAGAGAGAGAGAGAGAGAGAGGAAAAUUUGCUAAAGCUCAGUGAAAUCUAUCUUAAAACCUACAAGAGAAUUACCGGUUUAGAUGAAAAUCUGCAUUAAUAAUACAGAGAUGUAUGUGCCUAGGACUCACUUUACUUUGUUAUAAACUUGUUUUUAAUGUGAUAUUUUAAAUUGUUGUGUCCUGGGUGGGUAGUAAAAUCAAAAUAUAGUACGGUGGUACCUCGGGUUAAGUACUUAAUUCGUUCUGGAGGUCCGUUCUUAACCUGAAACUGUUCUUAACCUGAAGCACCACUUUAGCUAAUGGGGCCUCCUGCUGCUGCCACGCCGCCGGAACAUGAUUUCUGUUCUCAUCCUGAAGCAAAGUUCUUAACCCGAGGUACUAUUUCUGGGUUAGCGGAGUCUGUAACCUGAAGCGUCUGUAACCCAAGGUACCACUGUAGUUAUAUACUGCACAUGUUACACAUUUCCUUGCAAGUCCAACUUUUAACAGUUGAAUCAUACCGCGUGGCCCCUCCUCUUGUAUUCUGUAAAGCACCAUGAACACUGAUAGUGGGAUGAAGAUGACAAUUUGAGCCCUCACCCAGCAAAACUCAGUAUCCAGUAAAGAACAAAUUCCCUGUGACCUACAAUGCUUACAUGAAAUCUCUCCUCGGAUUCACAGACUGCAGUGGCGUUACAUGGGAAAUGCCCCGUCCCCAAAUCAAAAUGGUAGCUAUUCAUUUGUAGUCAGCCAUUCAGUGUGAAAAUAAAUGUUCCCUCUAUUUACUUUCCUUUAGGGAUCUCAUUACUUACCUUAACUAUUUAUUCACUACUGCAGGCCUUUGUCUUGCAGAGGGUGAGAAGGGUGUUGAAAAUACCUGAGAAAGUAUUAUCAUAUGCCACAGUUUCCCAUUCAAAAGAAACUACAGAUCACAUUGAUCACUCCCACUUCCAUACUAUCAAAGGAAAACCUGUAUUUUGGAUAGCUGUCGGGUACAUGGGCCAGGGCUUUUAAAGAUGCAUGUACCCACAGCAAUAGUAUUUGCUGCUGCAUAAGGUGAGAAAACGCCAGAACAGGAAAGAUCCAGGAACCAGCGUGGUCUGAGCAGUCUGCAUUGUUGACUUCCUCUUGCCGCAGUAGGAAAGCCCUACCUUUUCCUGGGGAUGUGCUUUCCAUAUGCUUGUGUGAGAUUGUAUCCAACUGGGAAUAGGGGCAGCUGUCUUGUGGACAUGUCCUUAUUGUGACAUAUAGAUAUUAUGCAACUGCCACAGGAUGCAUCACGUAUAUGAAGGUGUGUGUGUAUCUGUGUGUGUGUAUCUGUGGAAAACACUCCAUGCAUCUAACAAAGUGAGAUUUUGCCCAUGAACACUUACGUAUGCUCAAUAAAUCUCUUAAUUUUUUAAGGAAUCACAAGCCUCUUUGUUAAGUUUACAUAAAGAAACUACUUUACAGAAUAAGCAUUACUCCUACUCAAGAGUAAACCUCACUGAACAUAUUGGACACAACUAAUUUAGAUCCAUUAAUUUACUUGGGUUUACUCUGAGUAUAAAUUAACACACCCCUGUAUGUUAUUCCCAUCUGUUCCAAAUUGAACAUUUUCAUACUAAAAACCUAGUGCAACUCCGUGAAGAAAAUGUGUCUUUUUUUUCAUUAUUCAUCCUCAUGUCAUUUUCCCCAUUCUCCACCCCAGCCCAAUUUCAUCUCUAAUGCAUAAAAUCUGUAAGCCAGAUCUGUAAGAUCAUUUCCUCAGUGCUGGUUUGUCCAGAUCAAUAAAUGUUAAAGGGAGUGGCAAAUGCUAUUGGAACAUCUGGGCAUAAUAUAUAUUCAAGGAGGAAAGCAAGUGUCUGAGCCAUACUUAAAACUAUGAUUCUCUACUGAGAUGCUUCAAGGAUGAGAAAUAGGAAGUGGUUGGGGAAAACCCAGCAUUUCUGCCAGAUGGGGAAAACUUAUUUACUUAGAUAAGUGAUCAAACAUUCAGCAAGGGACGUUAGGCUGAUAAUUUAUUUUGGGGAUGAGGAACCUGUGGCCUUCCAGAUGUUGUCAGACUAUAAUUCCCACCAUCCCAGGUCAUUGGCCAUUGUGGCUGAGGCUGAUGGGAAUUGGAGUCCAAUAAUAUCUGGAAGACUCCACAUUGGCAACCCCAGAUGUGAGACAAGGAAAUAUAUAUUAAUGGCACAGUUGAUUUAUUAUGUCAAGAGGAAAGGGGGAAAACAAAGUUGGAACAAAUUUAACAAAAAUUGGUAUAUGCUUUGAGUACUGCAGAAGCGGUACGAUAUUCAAAUACACAACAUUCCGCACACACCAAUUUAUAUACAGUGGAACCUUGGUUUUUGAGCGUUUCAGAAGCCAAACGUUUUGGAAGCCGAACGCCAAAAACCUGGAAUUAAUUGUUUCCCUUUUCGAAUGCACCUCAGAAGUUGAACGGCUUCUGCUGUGUGUUUUUCUUUUUUCUCUCAAUGGAUUUUGCCAACUGCCCAUUGCUCCUCAGUUUUUGAAGAUUUCGGAAUUCAAAUGGCCUUCCAGAACGGAUUACAUUCAAAAACUGAGGUUCCACUGUAGUUUUAUUGUUUAUACAUAUUUUGUCUGAAUAACAGAAAUGUAAGCAUGUAUGUUACUGAUGUUCUAAAAACAUUUUUCCUUCCUCAGGGGAUGAGCUUUUUCUAAGCUUGGCUUUUAAGUCUCGGAAACACCCGAGUACAUGGUGUUUUUGCAUAUUGAUGCUAAAAUAAAGGGGGAAGACAUGCUCCAUUCAGUUACACAUUUGUAAACUUAUUCACAUUAGGGCUCCAUGCAAAAUUUGAGUUUCGUUUGAUUAGUUUCAAGGUAGUAAAAUUAUCUGUCCCCCCCCCUUAUGUAGCCCAAAUGAGAAUGACAAACUCGGUAGAAGCUGGAUUGGCAUUUAAGGGGUUAAAAGAAACCUGCGGUGCUUUAGCAAAAUAAAGGCAGAGCUGAGAUUACAAACAAGGACAGAUGUAGAAGGCCAGGUUUCCUCUGGUCCGUUUUCCCCUGUUUCCUGCCUGCAGCCUGCAGAAAAAGAGGAAGCGAAGUGCUAGGGAGAAUGUGAAGCUAACAAUGCCCUACGUCAUUCAGCUGGGGGGGAGACAGGGGGGAAAGUUCUGCUAGACACAGUCAAGAUCGAGCAGCGAUAAAUGGAUAUUCACGCACUAAUACCCAAGAGCCUUUUAGAGCGCCUGGAAGAGAAAAAAAAGAGUGGAAAGUUGUGUCCUUGGAGAGAUGUGCACAUACAGACACACACACUCACUCAUGCACACAGACAGACAUUAGCCGUGCACUAGGUAGCUGGAGAAGUCAUAUUUCAUUUUGCCGAUGUGCAUGUAAUAAUGGCUCAUUGCAUCAAAGUUAAUUUACCUGCCCUGGGCAGAUCGGUGGUGGGAGGAGAGUGUCUCCUGCCUCCUCCUUGGAAAAGUUUUGGCUCUAGAACAGGCUUCCUCAAACUCGGCCCUCCAGAUGUUUUUGCCUACAACUCCCAUCAGCCCUAGCUAGCAGGCCCAGUGGUCAGGGAUGAUGGGAAUUGUAGUCUCAAAACAUCUGGAGGGCCGAGGUUGAGGAAGCCUGCUCUAGAAAGAGAUGCCCGGGAGCAUGCUGGGAAUGUGUCUUCCUCACAUGGCUAGGAUGGGGAAAGCUCCCUCACCCAAGGCAUGAGCGCUGGGACCUCUCCUUGGGAGAAGGAAUUCCUCAGCCCAGGUCUGUGGCAGCUGGAGGGAGGGAUGCUACAGAGGCACGUGGAGCCUAUUCCAGAGAAGCUCAGUUGAGAAACUGCUGAAUUGGGCUUUGCUCUGAGAAAACGAGUACAAGAAUCACUGUAGUAAAUCAGUGAAAGCAGGUCUAAUAUAAGCCAGGGAUGGGGAAACUUUUCCAGUCCAAAGGCCACUACCCCUCGUGGGAAACCGUUUUGGGGGACAAUGUGCUAGUAGUAUGCAGGCCCAAAGAUCUCCCCCCACCUCAUGUGAAAUUAGGGCAAGCAAUGAAACAUUCUAGCCACAAGUGUGAACAAAUCUGCAUAAACUUAAUGAAUCCUCUCAUACCUGGCGCAUGUUAGCACCUCUAAUUUGGCCAUUUAUUGCCCCUUGAGAGUGAUGGGUUCCCUCCAGGAGACAUGUUCCACUUUAAUUUUUAAAAAUGCAACCCCCCCUUUGCAUUUCCUGAAGAAUCCAAGCUCAACCCUUGCUGGGAGCAAAAGUUACCCAUUAAAUCAUGCGAUCUAAUUGGUUAAGGUGCCUGUGUGGCGGGAAGCCUAAUCGCCAUGACUCAUAGCAGCUCAUACCUGUGCCCUUUUAUAUUUAAUGUCACCUGUGUCAGGGAAGACUUUGGUCUUCAAAAUUUGCAACCUGUGCCAAGGCCAACCCCCCCCUCUUCUGUUCUGCUCAAUUCACCAUGUCAUAGUUGUGGCAUCCCCAGGCUUGGUGCCCAGUGCAGUGGAACUGGUCACGCUGCCCUAAAUCUGUGUCUUACCUCUGCCCAUCCAGGACAUUAACAAGAUAACUUUGCAAACAUAGGAACUUAAACCACUGUGGGGCUACCUUUGAGGGUGACCCGGAAACUACAACUAAUCCAGAAUGCGGCAGCUAGACUGGUGUUUCGGAGUGGCCUCCGGGACCAUAUAACACCGGUCCUGAGAGAUCUACAUUGGCUCCCAGUACAUUUCCGAGCACAAUUCAAAGUGUUGGUGCUGACCUUUAAAGCCCUAAAUGACCUCGGUCCUGUAUACCUGAAGGAGCAUCUUUGCAGUGCCGAGGGCCUUCUGGCCUUCACUGUGAGAAGUGAGGUUACAGGGAACCAGACAGAGGGCCUUCUUGGUAGUGGCGCCUACCCUGUGGAACACCCUCCCUUCAAAUGUGAAGGAAAUAAGCAGCUAUCCUAUCUUUAAAAGACAUCUGAAGGCAGCCCUGUUCAGGGAAGUUUUUAAUAUUUAAUGCUGUAUUGUUUUUAACACUCAAUUGGGAGCCGCCUAGAGUGGCUGGGGAAACUCAGCCAGAUGGACGGGGUAAUAAUAAUAAUAAUAAUAAUAAUAAUAAUAAUAAUAAUAAUUGCUGGCGCCCAUCUAUUUCACAGCCUUUUCAGAUACUAUGUUCUGACAAAUGGACCUUGCAUUUUCUCUUCAAUUUCAUUUAUUCAUCCCCGCCCCUUGCAUUUAUAACCUGGCUUGCUUCCAGGAUGAUGCCCAUACAUGCUACUUCCAGAGGGUCACCAUCCAGUCACUGACAAGACCCAGACUUGCUUACCUUCAGUCAGGUGGUAGCCUCAUGUACCAUCAGGCUAUAUCCUGGGACUUCUAGAAGUGUGUGUAGAUUUCUGCUGUGCUACAGCCAUUUAUUGUAUCAUUGGUUUAUUUGAUGACAGGAUUUUAAGCUGUUCUGUAGAACCUUCAUGAUUGGAGAAUAGGACAGAAUGAUACGGAAUCAGAAUAAAUAUCUGGAUAACCUACCAUCACUAGGGAAUCAGUUGUCCUUGUUUACAUGCAGUUUAGGAGGACCGCAGAAAUCUCUGCAGAGCAGCUUUAAAGUGGCACAUUUUCAGGUGCCGUGCAGGGAUUGGUGAAUCAUUUCAUGGUAUUGAGGCAAGCUUGUAGCUAAGAGGUUGAGCAGGGAGGAGCAAUUUAUAUGCCCUCCCCUUAAUAUAACAGAUUAGAAGUAUAAACCAUUAACCAUGAAACAAUAAUAUUAGCUACAAGUGGAUCCAGCAACAAAAUGUUGCAGGAAGAAACGUUCCUGCUCAGUCAACCGCCCUGGCCCUCCUCUACAAUAUUUCAGACCGAUUUCCAGUUUGGCGGUUGUAUUUUGGGAGUUUCCCCAUGGUGGGCUGAAAUUAAAAAGCUUGAUAAAAACCUGGAAAGGGUAGCAAUUCUGUAAUGAUGGCUUCCUGGUUCAUGGCAGUUGUAGUUGGUCAUUAUAUCUGAACUGGUCAGACUAUAGUUACCUCUUCCUUUUGCUUCCAAGCCAGAGAGGCAUUGUGUGAGUCCCCAUCUUCCCCCUCACCCAGAUGUAUUCCAGAGUGUUGUAGGGACCUCAGAGCAAGUUUGGGGCAUGUGGGUGGAGAGUUCAAUUGAGUGAGCAGAAGUCAUUCUACUUGUGGAAUGACUCCUUUGGAUGCUGCUCCACAACUGGAAAGCCAGUUUGAAGCACCUAUUCCAAUUCUUGUUUGGAGAAAACAAUGCGUUAAAGCAGGGAUGGGAGAGACCUGGCGCCCUACAGAUGUUCGAUGACAGCUUCCAUAAGCUGACUGGGGCUGGUAGGAUGGAAGCCCACAGAUCCCCCUUCGUUGUGACAAGGCCAUUUUACUUUUAUGUAUUCCCUAACCAAAAUCUAUGGCUGUGCACAGACUAACCUGUCUGUAGCACAAAAAGGUUGUGUUUCCCCCUCGAUCCAGAAUUGUUUGUGCGCAUCCUCAAUAUGCUGCUUUCCAUCUGGAUUGAUUCUAGAUACAAGGGUGGGUGUGGUUACUUGAUAAGCCUUUGAAAACCCUUCUCUAGAUUCAGCUAUCCAUACCUUUUAUUCCCUGUACAUGCCCCAGGGGAAUGAAGAAGGAAAUGGUGAUUGUGAUCUUUGCUUAUAUACCCACCCCCACUGCAUGGACCUCCAACAUCUGUUUACUUCCAUUUUCAAAUGGACGCACCAUUUGAAUCAAUCCGCAAUAAGGUUUUGUUUUUGCAAUGAAACCAGUUUCUCAAUAAGCGCUUUUCAGAGACAAAAAUAUGCAAUAGAUCCAUAUUGUUUGUGGACUACAGAAAAAAAAUACUUGGUCUCCAUUGAUUCUUCGAUAAAAUGUUGCAUGUAUGUAGCCUAUGAUUGCUUCAUGCAUGCUUGAAAAUUAAUAUGUGAACGUAAUAACAUAAGAUGGUUAACAAGAAUCAUAUGGGCAAAGUGCAUUUUCAAAUAGUACUUUUUUUAAAGUGACAGGGAUUUUUCUUUGAAAGGAUCUACCAGCAAAAUGCUAAAUGGAUGCAUUUAUAUAAUUAUCCUGAUUUUAUAUUGCACCAAAAAAGGACUUAUCUGGAAACACUUUAAGAUGUGCAUAAAAACACUGUGUGACAUAAUGAGUGCCUGGGCUUUACAAGUGCCAAAAUAUACAUAUAGUUAAGCCUAAAAAUACAUUUUACAUAAACUUAUAUGGGUUUCCUCAUAAGUCUGGAAUGACUCCCCAUGAACCUGUGCCCCGUCCCACACUGCAGUAAUAAGUGUUGCAUAGAUGGGAAUUAGAGAAUAGACAUUCUUGCUUCUUAGAGGGAAAUAUUUAAAGCGUUUUUUUAAAAAAAGGAAUGCUAGUGAAACAAGUGUGGGUAGGUGAGACAGAUAGACAAACAAACAAACAAACAAACAAACAGAGUAUGAAGUGUUAAAUCUGUGGUGUGCAUAAGGCAGAAACGAACCACCCUGCUAUUUUGCAUGGAAAGUCAUGUAGCCACUCUCACUAGUUAUCCAGAUUAUGUUCUGCCAUAAUGAGAUAAUAGUUGCUCAUAUUGAUUACCGUAAGUGGUAGAGAGUUUGCAUGCCUGCCUGUAGUGAACUACCAUACUUUAGAGUUGAGGAAUUGAGAACGGGACAAUUCCAAGCUGAGGUCCUCAUAGCCUUUUUUCUCAUAUUGGUGAAAUUGGAAUAGUAGCAACCUAUCUCAGAGGAGUCUUUGAUUCAUAUCUUGUGAUGUGGGAAUAUUAUGUACCCCAUGUCUUCCACAAGGCUGUUGCUGUGUGUGCAUGCACCUCAGGUAAAUAAACCUGUGUCUGUACGUGAGUUUGCAUAAUGCCGUUACAAAAUUUCUCAAAAGAAUUAAAAUGUUUAAUAACAUAGAAUGUGUUUUUCUAGAAAAGAAAAAGGGGUUUUAAAAAUUCUGCUUAUAAGGCUGCACUAAAGCCUGAUAGGUUUGCAAACAGAAUCCUGUGGGAUGAUUCCUUGUCCACAGCUUCAUCUGGGACUUUGCAAGGAAGCGUUUGAAAUUAUUCAGUGCCAAUGUGGAAGAGUUACAGGAAGACUCAGAAGUUGUGUGCCACCUAGUGGCAGAUACAGAAAAUGUGCACAUAAGGCUGCUUUUUAUAAAAAUAAAUACAGUGGUACCUCGGGUUAAGUAUUUAAUUUGUUCCGGAGGUCCGUUCUUAACCUGAAACUGUUCUUAACCUGAAGCACCACUUUAGCUAAUGGGGCCUCCCGCUGCCGCAGCGCGAUUUCUGUUAUUUCUGGGUUAGCGGAUUUCUGUUAUUUCUGUAACCUGAAGCGUAUGUAACCCAAGGUACCACUGUACUGUAUUUCAAAAUCUACAACAGGGCAACACCUUUAUUGGGACCAGAGAAAAUGUCACAAAAGUGUGGCAAGCUUCCAGCUUCUCUUGAACAACCUUCCUCAGGUAUUGUACACAAAGCAGAGGGAAGCAGGGAAGUUUAAAAAUUAGGCUUAAGUAGUAGGCAUGGUUAGUUUGUAGACCAGUUCCAAGGCAGAGAUUGUAGAUUUACAGAUAUUCUGAAAUCACAUUAUUUAGAAUGAUCUUAUAUUUUAGACUGACUGGAAGAAGUACGAAUAUGUCUCCCUUUGAAUAUUACCUUGCUUAUAUAUUGCUUUAACUAUCUUACUAAUAGAAUGACAGAAAUAUAUUGCUUUAACUGUCUUACUAAUUUACUUUUUCCUUGUUGUAUAAACAAUAGAUGCUAAUUCUUUGUAGAUCUUUGACGUUUGCACAGAUACGGGUUUUAUUUAUUUAAAUGAGCUUUCCUGCUACGUUGAAAUGUUCUCAAAAUGGAUCACAAAAUAAAUAACUUCAAAUAAUAAAAUAUGAAAACACCAAGCAAUUGUGACCUUAUAGACCUUCCCCGUUCAACUUGAGGAAGGUUGGGGGUUGAGAAGAGGGUGGUACGUGUAAGGAUAUUGGGGGCAGGGUUUUUCGUGUGCCCCCUUUCCACUCUUAAUUGAAGCAUAUAAUGUUAUCCAGAAUUUCAGUACAAGAUUGGUUGCGCACAGUAUAGGCAUCUACUGGUCUCAUCACUAUUAAGUAAUAUUUGUACAAAUUACUCUGGUUGAUAUAUUGAACACAGCUGGUCAGAUGUUUGAAUCAAGACAUUCACAUGGUUUGUCACUUUAAAGUUUAAAAUCAACUAUGGUUUAAUUUGAACAUGUUCUUUGCUCCUCUCUCGCUCCUUCCUGCAGGGGAAUAAACAAACCAGAGCCUGGCACUUGUAGUUGGUUGCUGCAAAAGAAAUAGUGACUAGUAAGGCAACAACAACUAUGUUGCUUUACUGUGCCUGUGGUUUGUUACAAGGAAACAAACCAUGAGCGCUGGUUCAUCACAAAAAGCUAGCAUCUUGAUUGUAUCCUCCAGGCGGAAGAGAGAUAGGAGCCAAACACCUGCAUUUUAGCAGCAUCUACCAGCUUGUUCACAUUAAACCAUAAUUUAUUUUAAACUAGGGUUUAAAAUGAUGUACAAAUAGGGGCAUCGUUUCAUUCUGUUAGCAAAAAAUAUAUGUAUGAAAUGGGAUUAUCUAGCUGUCUUCUGCCAUCACAAGUCCAAAUUGCACUGAAAUAAACAGAAUGGCUUUUAUGCCAUUGUGUUUUACAAUUGCAAUGCUGUUUUUGAAGCAAGGAGCAAGAAUUUGAAAGACUAAACUAUAGCGGGUCCCCCUCCCUGCUUGAGUUUACUAGGUGGGUGGAAUCAGUAAUCUGGAUAGGAGAAGCAGAGAGAAAAAGCACCACAUGCAACAAAGAAGCAAGAGAGAAAUGGUUUCUUAAGUGUCUUGACUUUACCAAAGCACAACAUGGUUCCGGCUAGGUCAAGCCAUUCCACCCGUCUACAAAAUGAAAGCAAGCGAAUACAUAUAAAUAAAACCUUAGCAAUCUUUUCAGUGCAAGGCAAAAACAUUUUUAUUUGGCAAUACAUUUCAGGUUGCUGUAAAUCCUAGUUUUGCUCUUAUUUGCUGUCUUCCUGUUAUCGUUUGAUAUUGUAAUACGAGGUCUAGUUGUAUACCAGCCUGGAAUCCAAAUCGGAUGAAGGGUAGUGUGUACAUGUUUUAAAUAAAUAAAAUAUUAUAAGAAGUUAUAACAAGGUGCAGCAUCAAUGUACUGAAGAUCCUAAGUUAAACUAUAAUAUUGCAUAAUUCUUUAUCGUUUUAAAAAAUAAAAAUAACAAUCAAAAAGAGUUAUUUUCCUAUCACGGUUCAAACUGUUUGCUUAGACUUGAGAAAUGCCUUAAGUCUUAGCACUGAGAUGAUGGGCAUGUGUAUCUCUCUGCCCAGGUGUGAAGGGUGUCGUCCCAAAAAUGUAAUAGCAAAAAGGAAGAGAGGCUAUGAAAAAGAAAUAUUACAACAAUAUCCAGCUCAGAACUGAGCGAACAUAAGCCCAGCAUUUUCUAAACAAAGUAAACUGUGAGAAGUUCUGGAAACAAUCUGUGGCCUUUUCACUUUUAUGUGUACAGGGUGUAUUCAGACAUGUAUUUGUCCCAGGAAAGCUGUACUCUGUCCAUGUAUAGGUGUGUUGACACCGGUCCAUUUUUACAAGAACAUCACUGUAACUUUGAUGUUCUCGAUCGCCAUAGUAUAUUUUGCUUCCACUAUCAACUUUAUACAAAAGCAACAGCAGGAAAAUGAAAACCCCAGAAUUACAAUAGUAUUCUGAACACAGUCAGGACAGAAAUAAGAUUAGAGUUAGGCAGUCCCUUUGCGUCUACUCUUAGAGAGGGAGAGAGAGAAAGACCAUGCAAUGGCAGCCUGGAUCCCAUUGACUAUUACAGAGGUAAGAGAGAGGGGGAGAGAGAACAAUGGGCCAUUGUGCAAAAACGGUAGCUUAUUGGAAAAUCCUUGGAACAUUUGAUAUUCAGAAUAAGAUGUAUCUCAGUAUAUGCUAAAUGUGAAAAAUGAUAUUUUAAAAAGGAUGCCUCAAUCCAGCAUGGAAUAAUGCCAAAGCCCACUGAAAUCAAUGGGCUUCACUCUUUGCUGGGUUUAGGCUAGAAUAUUUCUCUCUCUCUCUGGAAUAUUAUACUACAGGAUUAGCAAAAAAUGAUAAUUUUUACAGAAUAAUUUUGCAAUAGGGUUUAAUGGGAUAUUUUAAAAUGUGUUUUCUUCAGUAUUUUAUACUUUUUUAAUUUUGUACUUUCCUGUAGCACGUAUAAUUGCGUAUAUGAUCCUACAUAAGUGUUGUGGUUGAAACUAAGAUGAGCAGGUUAGGCAAUGUUUACAUUGUCUCCCCCCUUUUUUUCUGUCCAUUGCAGGCAUGGAGAGUGCAAUCACAUUGUGGCAGUUCCUGUUGCAGUUGCUUCUCGAUCAGAAACAUGAGCACCUAAUUUGUUGGACAUCUAAUGAUGGUGAAUUUAAGCUACUUAAGGCAGAAGAAGUGGCUAAGCUGUGGGGACUCAGAAAAAACAAAACUAACAUGAAUUACGACAAACUGAGCAGAGCACUGAGAUACUACUAUGACAAGGUAAUUUUAAAAAUUCUAUUUGUACAGUGCUUAAACAAGAAAGCAAAGAGUAGUAAUAUGCUUGUUAAAGUUGGAGUGCUGCCUUUUGGCUAAAAAGAGCCCCCCCCCAGGCUGCUCACAAAAAGUUAACACAAAUAGAAAAUUCAGACAGUAAAAUACCACUUACUUACAAAGAUUUCAGCCAACCAUAUUUUAUCAAUAAUAUAUUUUAAAGUUUUAAUUUUUUAAAAAACCUAAAACCCAAACGCAUCAUUUUCCUUGCCUAAAUGCAAAAAGCAACCCCCUCAAAAUGUCAAAAACAGUGCAGCAGUAAAUUCCCCAGCAAACUGCUGUCUUUAAGUAGCCACCUAAAGGCAGGACAGCCUACAGACAGUUUAUAAGGAGGAAGCAUUGUCAAUCAGAUUGCACAUAUUAUAUUAUGUUAGGCAGUUGCCUUUAUAGAAUGUCAGACUAUUAGUCUGUUGGACCCAGAAUUGACUACUCCAACUGGCGGUGGCUCUCCAGCUUCUCAGGCUGAGGGUCUUUCUCAUCCCCUGUUACCUCAGGGCCAGAUCUUAUCUCCUCUAGCACUUGCAGGCCAAAUUUGACAGGUGGGUGGGGGCUGCCCACCUGUCAGUCACCUGAUGUCACAAUGAUGUCCGGUGAUGGAGUGCUCUGAAGUCCCCACAAGCAGCCAAUCCCAGCUGGCCUCCUGAUCAGCUGAUCAGCAGGGACAGCAAAACUUCCCUUGCCAGUGCAUAUUUACGAGUGCGCUUAAAGGCUCCCAAUUGGUCAUUGGCAGCCGUAUCGCCACCUGCCUCUCACCUGACAUCACAAGGGGCUUCAAGUAUGACACAGGUGAGCCUGGUUUGGGGAAAAUGGACUUGUGGCCUAAGUAACCACGCCAGGCCCAAGUAAACCCACAGGCUACCUGAUUUUUUUAACUUGAAAUGCCAGGAAUCAAACCUGGAGCCUCCUGCCUCGUAGAGGAGAUGCUGUUCACUGAGCUACUUUGUGAAAAUACUAACAAAUGUCACAUUUGGUUUGCUGUUUAAUGCAGAACAUCAUCAAGAAGGUGAUUGGGCAGAAGUUUGUGUACAAGUUUGUGUCAUUCCCUGACAUUUUAAAGAUGGAUCCUCAUGCUGUGGAAAUCAGCAGGGAGAGCCUUUUGCUGCAGGACAGCGACUGCAAGAUGCCUCUUGAAGGUAGAGAGCAACACAAGCAUGGCUUGGCAGCCCUGAAAGGCGCAAGCCGUAAUGAAUAUAUCCAUUCGGGGUUGUACUCCUCUUUCACCAUCAACUCCCUGCAAAACCAGCCAGAAACUCUCAAGCAGAUCAAAACAGAGAAGCUGGAGGAGAAGCUGGAGGGGCCCAGCCCUCUGGAAGAAGUCCGAACUGUUAUAAGGUUUGUGACAAACAAAUCAGACAAGCAAGUCAUGAGGCCCAUAGUGUCCCUGCCAUCAACAUCCGAGGCAGCCGCUGCUUCUGCUUUCUUAGCAUCCUCUGUCUCUGCAAAAAUAUCCUCAUUAAUGUUACCCAAUGUUGCCAGCAUCUCGUCAGCUUCGCCAUCUUCCUCCCGGUCGCCGUCUCUGUCUCCGAACUCACCCCUCCCUUCAGAACACAGAAGCAUCUUUUUGGAGUCCAGUUGCCAGGAUUCUGAUUCUCUCGAGCCACUGAACCUCUCGUCAGGAUCCAAGACAAAAUCUCCUUCUCUUCCCCCAAAGGCUAAGAAACCCAAAGGUUUGGAGAUCUCAGCACCUCCAAUGGUUCUUUCAAGCACUGACCUCGGCUCCAUUGCCCUCAACAGCCCAGCACUCCCCUCAGGAUCCCUGACUCCUGCUUUCUUCACUGCCCAGGUAAGACUUUGACAGGGGAAUCCUAUGCAUGUCUACUUAGAAGUAAGCUCUGCUGAGUGUAGUGGGACUUACUCCUGCGUGUUGAGGAUUGCCUCCUGAGUUCCUUAUAGUGAUGCCCAUGGCGUGCGCUUGGGAAAAGUGCCUUUUUCCCCCAAGGACAGAAAGAAAAAAAGCAGCUUGUAGUUUAUUAAGAAUGCAUGAGUCCUUUUUCUAUUAAAAUGUUCCUUAGAUUAAAAAUACAAUCAAGUUACUGCAUUUUUCGCUCUAUAAGACGCACCGGACCACAAGACGCACCUAGUUUUUGGAGCAGGAAAACAAGGAAAAAAAUAUUCUGAAUCUCAGAAGCCAGAACAGCAAGAGGGAUCGCUGCGCAGUGAAAGCAGCAAUCCCUCUUGCUGUUCUGGCUUCUGGGAUAGCUGUGCAGCCUGCAUUUGCUCCAUAAGACGCACACACAUUUCCCCUUACUUUUUAGGAGGGGAAAAAGUGAGUCUUAUAGAGCAAAAAAUACGGUACUUAUUUUUUAAAGCAGUUAUUACAAAUAAAACAAAUACAGCAGGAGCAAAAAUCAGGAGAGCAUCAGUCAGUAAAAUAUGUAAAAGCAGUAAUACAUCAGCAUAGGCGAAAUUGAAAGAGAGGCAGUGUGGCAUAAUGGUUAGAGUGUUGGACUAUGACCUAGGAAACCACGGUUUGAAUCCCCACUCAGCCAUGAAGCUCACUCUCUUCCCUUAACCUACCUCACAGGGUUGUUGUGAGGAUGACAUGGGGGUAGGGAGAACCAUGUACACCACCUUGAGAUCCUUGGAAGGUAAAAGUGCCAUGCAAAUGUAAUCAAUCAAUCAAUCCAUCCAUCAAACACUGGGGAAAUGAAAAGGUCUUAACCUGAAUGUCAGUAGUUAAAUAAAUAAAUAAAAUAAAAUAAAAAAACCACUGGGGAAAUGAAACCGUCCUAAUCUGAAUGACUGUAGUUCAGGCACCUCCCAAAUCUUUGUGGGAAGGGUGUUCAAAUAGGGGCACCACCACUGAGAAGACCCAGCUCAGUAAUGCUCUGCCUUCCAUGUAAAUUUCAUUCCUGUAUUAACAGCUUUCCAGGUUGGAUAACUCACCACUUCCAGCUAUCUGCUAGAAACCUCUGCACACGUUCCCCAUGACGAAUUUUGCAUAGCAUUGGGGCUUACAGGCACAUUUGCAAAGUGGAGAUGCUGUUGAGGGCACUGCACACACACACACACACACACACACACACACACACACACACACACACACACACACACACACACAAACAGAGACAGAAAGCAAGAGAGCAAUCAAAUACAUGUAAACCCACUAUUGCCCAUCUGCUCUCAGUUAGGCUUUUGCUUUUCUUCAAGCCAAAUCUUGGGUGGGUGUGUUGAUCUUGCUGGAGAGUGCAGCUGGGAAGCAAGAGAUCACACCCCUCCACAACAAUUAGGCUUGAAAAAAGCCUUCUAAGAAAGUGGACACUUUAGAUGCCAGGAAAUCUGGAUGCUUCCAUGAACAAGAGGCCAGACUGUCCAUCCCCCCCGCCCUUUUCAAAGCUAGUCAGCAAUCAUAACCUUAGAGUGGGAUAGACCGUUAGCAGCUUAAUUACAUUUUGUAGUUUGCUGGCACCGUGGCCUUUCUCAAACAAAAUAUGAAAUGACAUGUUUAGGUCAAGCUGUUUUCUUUAAUCAUAAAGUGGUUUUGCGGUAUUCAGAAUAAAAAAAGGCUGACUCCUUAAGGGCAGAAUGAGUGUCUAUGCAACUCUCUCUCCCUUUUGCAUUAAGCAUCAGAUGGGCUUUAAGUCUGGAAUCCUCUGUCACUGAAUCCCAGGCUUCAUCGGCUUACAUUAGCCAUUUGGUAACAACAGAAGGUUGGUGCUCUACACUAGCAUUGAAAGGUACACAUUGUGCUAGUGAGAACUGGGCGCUCUCUUUGUUGUCUUUGGGAGGUUGUUGAUGGAAAUCAGUUGCAGUCCUCCUCUUCCUUCACUGCCAUCUUGCAAGAGUCGUGUGUUAUUCAGUCCAGCAGCAGUUCAGAAACUGCUAUUUUAACAUGGUAACGUGAAUAUGUAUUUUAAAGCAGCAUUCUUUUAAGUAUUAAGAUAUGUACAGCCUGGCCCUUUCUGGAAAUAACUGAAGACACUUUUGUUUCGAUGACCUUUUCUGGUUUGAUGAAAAGGUGUCUCUGUCUAGUUUUAAAAAACUAACCUUAUUAAUACUCUAAAAUGUUGGACAAACUAACUCUCUGCAGGGAACACAGACACUGCACCUUAAAGCAUCCAUUCUUUAAGUGUUAAAGCACAUAAUAACCUGGCUGGGAUGUUAGUCCAUCACAUUCCAAAUCUACCUCUUUUGGGGUUAAAGCCGCUUGGCUGGGACAGAUGGGAAUUGUAGCCCAAAACAUCUGGAUGGCGCCAGAGUAGAGAAGGCUGGCUUAAAAAAUGCUUUUUGCUCAAACCUUGUAUAGAACAAUAGGAUUCCGACAUUGUGCUGAUGAGGGAGCAGAGCUUAGCCAAAAGACAUGUGGUAGAACAGUUAACACUAAGCAGCGAUCAACUCGGUCUACGAUGCUAAAAAAGGAAACCUAGUUAUUUUGGGUAUGAAAGCCUGAGACUUUGCAGUUCUUUUAAAAAUAAAUGACCUGACAGUUGCUUUCUGAGCUGUGGGCUGCUUGCAAAAGAAAUCUCAGAUUUAUUCAUUCAUGAGUCAUGCUGCUGAAAAUAGCAUUUGAAAAUCGACACAGGCCUAGCUAGGUAGAUUUGGGUUACAAACUACUAACCUGGGCGCAAGUUCCAUGGAGUUCAACAAAAUGCACCUCGGCGGAAACAAACACAAGAUUGUGCAGGAAGCUUCAGCAGGAUGGCUGGGUUGGUCUGUUGCAGCAAAAGCAUCAGUCUUCCAGCAUGUUAAAUGCCAGUUCAUAAAUUGUGGCAUAAGCUUUGAAAUGGACUCUAGUCCAUGAAAACUUGCUGUAAUAAAUGUGCCAAUAUUUAAGUCACCGUUUAACUUUUUGUAGUUGUAGCUGUAAAGUGGCAACCCUAUACACUUUCUUGGGGAGUAAGUCCCAGUGGCUAGGAGAUUUCAAAGUUGCAUUCUGUGGGGUCUUAUUCUGUCAUCCUACAGUAAAUAUACAUUUUAUGGUAAAUAUACCAUUUAUGGUAUACAAUUAUGUCCACUUCUACUCUUCUUCAAAGAUUAAAAGUGAGAACAAUGUCUGAUAUUUGUGGAAAUUUUUGUUGCCUUAGUUUGGUAACUUCCACCUCCACCUAAAUAUACAUUUGUGGAUCAUUGCAAGUACUAAUUUCUUUUGCUCCAUGUGAGCUAAUGAUGGCAAGCAAUGAGGAAGAACCAUAGUUCAGUGGUAGAACAUAUUCCUAAGGGUCCAAACUAAAUCCCUCAUCAUGUGAUAGUCAGUAUGGAGCUGUCCAGAAUAUAUGCAGCAUGGGGGGAUGGGGCGGGGGAAGCAAUGUUCAUACUUUUUUUUACCUUCUCUGUUAGAAAACAAAGUGCCUUCUCAUUCUCAGCUGGGCAGAUGUAUCAUGUGAUUGUGGCAAAACAAAACUGAGCACGAUGAGGCAGUGAAACUGCUUCCUUAUUAAGAAAAGAGGUACUUUGCUCUAGAGUGAUGUCAUAUCCUACAAGGGACACGUUCAGCAACAUUGAUUUGAAGUGUUAAUAAACAAAAUAACUUGCAGAGUAAACAAGCAGAGGAAAGGAGAGUGUUAUGCUCAAAGAUAAUAAUAAUAAUAAUAAUAAUAAUAAUAAUAAUAAUAAUAUCAGCAUAGAGAUUCUGCCAUGGCCAAAAAGCAAAAAUGAACUAAACAGUAGUGAUUUUUGUCAUGUAUUCUGGAGCAAGGGCUGACUUAGUUUAGACCUGUACAGCUUUCGUAUUCCAGUUGUUUUUUCAUGUGUUAGCACUUAAAGUGGCUAUAGAAUAUGCAGAGUACAUUGGUUUUGCUCAGUGCUUUGGACUCCCAUAGUAAAGCUAGACCCAAAGGAUUGCAAACAUAGGAAGCUGCUUUAUACCAAGUCAGGCCAGCGGUCCAUCUACAUCAAUAUUGCCUAUGGUGACUGACAUUGCCUCUCCUGGGCUUGAGAGACAAUUUUCCCCAGCCUUAGCUGGAGGCGGCUGGAAUUGAACCCAUGACCUGAUGCAUGCAGAGCAGUUGUUCUGCCGCUGAGGUAUGGCCCCUUCCCCUAAGGGGAACUGACACGAGGAGUGUCCUGCAAAUGCUUAGGUGUCCACGCAGUGUGAUAAUAGGCAGAUUCUAUGGCAGUUCAUGUGCUUUUGCUUACAUAAACACAGCUUUGGAUCGCAGAGUGAUCUCGUGUGAGACGUAGAACAGCCCUUUUGUGAGGAGAAGGGCAUAUUUGGACCCAGAUUCCUCUCUUUUUCCAUCAUUUUCUGCUCAUAGUUCCCCUUUCCAAGAAGAUGCAGAUAGAAAGAAGUUGCAUAGGGACUCACCCAGAGAAAGCACAGUACGUGCAAUGACAAUUCUUACACCAAAUCCCUGUUAAAAUGCUAAUGUUUAAAAUCCCGAGAUUCAGAAAGGAAAACAGUUUCUAAGCACAAAACAUCUCUCUGAGAAAAAGCUAUGGGACGAAGCAACGAGGAGGGCCCCCCGUAACAUUCAGCCUGGCAAUGUGAGUCAAGACAUGGCUAAGCCAAAGAGUAGAUGAACGUCGGAACACACGUCGUGUGUCUUUUGUCUUGCAGACCCCCAAUGGAUUGCUGUUGACCCCGAGUCCCUUGCUUUCUAGCAUUCAUUUCUGGAGCAGCCUCAGCCCCGUCGCUCCUUUGAGUCCUGCCAGGCUGCAAGGACCAAACACCCUGUUCCAGGUAGGUUGGAGCAAUGACUCUGCUCUCUGAGGCGGCGCUUUCUGGCCAGGUAGCCAAAGGAACCUUUUUGAGGCUGGGGGUGGAGGCAUUUCCAUUCUGAAAAGAGAGAACAUUAGAUGUGCAAAAACAAUACCUUCUCUCAGGAAAGGAGCUUCAGUAACAGGGGGAGAGACAAAGCAAUGAAGAUGCCAAAAGGCAGGAACUUUACACAUUGCACUGAGGGAGGUUUACUGCUUCUCUGGAGUCAGCCUCCUAAAGGGGCAGGCGAUUGCUAUCACUAGGGCAGCAGCAGAGGUGGCUUCGGUUGAUAAUUAUAAGCCAAGCUGAGAUAGCUCAGUUGGUAGCACAUGAGACUCUUAAUUUCAGGGUUGUGGGUUCGAGCUCCACGUUAGGCAAAAGAUUCCUGAAUUGCAGGGGUUUCGACUAGAUGAUCCUCGUGGUCCCAACUCUCAAAUAUUUUGAUUCUAAGUCCCCCCUCUGUCAUAAGUUAGUGAAAACAAACGUGCCAGACACCUUGAUGAUACCUUGAUGAAGAUGUUGACCCAGUGCGCGGCACCUGUGAAAAAGGCAAAAAUCCUUGCUAGGGAUCAUUAGGAAAGGAACUGAAAACAAAAUUGCCAAUAUCAUAAUGCCAUUAUACAAAGCUAGGAAGCAGCUGCAUUUGGAAUACACCGUGUGCUGUUCUGGUCGCCUCAACUCAGAAAGAGGUUCAGAAAAGGGCAACCAAAAUGACCAAGGAGAUAGAGCAACUCCCCUAGGAGGAAAGAUAAGAUGAGCAAAAAGGGACACAAUAGAAAUGUGUAAAAUUAUGCAUAUGGAGAUACUUUGGGACAUCCAACAAAGCGAAACGCCGGAGGAUUCAGGGCAGAUGAAAAAAAAUACUUCUUCACACUGCCCAUAGGAGGCAGUGGUGGCCACCCACUCAGAUGGCUCUGAAACAGUAGACAAAUUCAUAUAAGCAUGGUAGCUGCUGGCCAUGAUGGUUAUGUUCUGCCUCCACUGUCAGAGGUAGGAUGCUUCUGUAUACCAGUUGGCCACACAGUGCUGAACUGGGUGGGCCAUUGGCCCGAUCCGGCAGGCUUUUCUUAUGUUUUUCUGGCAGCUCUGAUGUUUCAGCCAAAAUAUGUCAAAGAGACUGUACGUCAAAACCUAUCUGUGCAUGGGAAAACAGAAAACCCCCCACAAAAGAACAUGAAGAUUUCUCAAGAGGAUUAGCAUGCCCUAUCUGAGGCUGUGUUAAGGGAAGCUGCAAGAACAGUUUAAAAUCACAAGGAUUAAAAAUGUAGAGAAAGCGCUCAUGAUCGCAGCAGGGGCAUCUUGGCUCCAUGAGUACAGUAUCAUGUGGGUCCCCCCCCCCCAAUCCCCAUUUUAAAAAGGGAGAAAUUAUACUGGGUAUGAAAAUGUUAGCACCAUCACCUGGAAUUUGGCUUCCUUGGCUGACGCAGGAAAACUACACUUACCAAUAACAGGAAGGAGUAAAUUUAUGUCAGGGAAGCACCUGGAGCAAGCAAGGAAGAUGUAACUGCAGGGUUACCAUGCCGUUGAAGUGAGUGGGGGCUGAGAUCACCAAAUUCCUGCCACACCGGGCACUUCAAUGUGUCUCCGUAAAUUCAGCCUAUAAGAACUGUAGGCUUUUUAUUAAACCUCUGUAGCAGCAGUGCUGUGGUAUGCUAUCUGCAAAUAUUCAAGUUUGUGUUGUGCUACCUUGCAUUCCCAUCUGCAUUCCUGGGUUUAAGGAUUUUUUCACACAAAGAAGACAAGGAUUUUUGCUGAAAUUCGGGUAUCUGGUUGCAAUAUACCUGCUUCUCAUGUUCAGGUCAGAGUCCUGUUGCAAACGUCUCUAAAAAGUGGUGGCUUUGUUUUUGUUGUUGUUGCCUACUACAGCCAUGCAAACAUGCUUGCAUUCUUUCAUUCCACCCCUUAAUAAAUUAACAAUUGUGUGCUUGUACAAAUUGGUGUGCUCAAGGCAUUCCCACCAAGUAUAAAUUCCCUCUUUGUCCUAGUAAAUGUUUUUCUGCUGAGUGUGUGCACUCAGGAGGGGGGGAAAGAAACCACACACCCCCUAAGUGACACUGGGUAGUGUUUAAGCAGAAAUGGAAGUUGGGGAGAAGGUGUUGCAGGGAAGGAGUUGUGGGCUGUUCCCAGGUUGUCAAUAUACAAUGCACCUUGUGCAAACCAGAUUCAUAUCCAGUAUAUACUGUAAUGCAUUAUGUGAAAUAGUCCAGUGUUUUGUAGAUCGUCGUUGUACAGGCUUGAUCCUGACUCUAAAAUGCACACAAGGAGAGGGAGAGAGGAAAAAAGUUUGGAGUAUAUACAGCACUAGAUAUAGAGCAUUUGGAAGAAGACACUUGCCACCAAAAUCUGGGGAUGGGACCCCAACUUGUGCAGCACAGCUUCAAGAACUAGAGUCCUGAAAACCCCAAAUAUCCAACUCCCCAUAUAUCCUCACUAAGCUUCAACAACUGUUCUGACUUAGAACACAACCUGCUUUGCAGCAGUCCUUCUAGGGCUCUCUUUCGCCUCACACGAACUCCCUUAUUUUUAGCAUUUCAUAAUUUUGCACACUUGAUUAGAGCCAUCCAGUUAGGAUCAGACAGAAGCACCCACGACUUGCCCUGUAGUGAGAGCCAAGUGCAUCCAGCACCUAUUAGUGGUAACUGGAAGUGAAAAGGGGAUCCAGAUCCGUCACAUCAAGGGCCCUGAUUUGACUAACGUGUGGUUCAGAGAAAGGCCAAGAUGACAAAUCUAUUAGCAUAGGAAAAGUGUUCUUCCCAAGAACCAAAUAAGAAGUGGCAACAGCCGCUGAGCCUGAACCUGAUCUAACUCCCCAAGGAUUGGACUUGUUUCUUUCUUUAAAGGGCUCACUGCGAUCACUUCCAUCUUCACAGGUAAAGCCUUUCCCGAUCAAGGGUGCUUUGAGGGCAAAGUACAGCACUGCAUAUUGUGAGAGCAAGUUUUGUAUCCGGGAUAAUAUGUGGAUGGGCAGAGUGCUGAAAUCUCAACUAACGUUCUGGACAGGGGUUACAAAUUUUGUCCACACAUAGGAUGCAGAUUUUCUCCUUCCAAAAAAAUAUAUUGAGAUGGGGGGGGCAGAUAUCAACCCUCCAAAUAAGCUUGCUUUACCUUUUUUCAAGGUUUUCCUUAUGAUCACCUUUUGAGGACAUACUUUAUUUAUAAAGCUUAAGCCGACAGUGUGCUUUGGUUUACAAAAAAGGUCUGGAAAGCGACAAAUGGAGCAUUACAAUGCUGCUCAGGUGACUUCAAGAAACUUAUGCGUGGGGGGGGGGGGAAUGCAGGUGCUGUUACAGAAAAUUAAGACACGCUUCUCUGGCACACAAGCCAAAGGAGUUGGACUGGUGAAACUAUUUCUCUUAAGUUGGCAUACAGGUAAAACAACUUCUGUUUCCCAGCAGAUGGGCGAGGAGAGUCCUGCAUCCAGCUUACUUCACUGGAUCAGGUUAAUUGGUAGAGCCUCUUGAGGAAUGUAAUUAACUUACUCCAGGUUUGAAAGCUUGCAGUAUAAUUAGGGCAGUGAGAGACUUGUUCAAAGCUGCAGUUCACUCUGCAAUAAAGGUCUAAAACAAUAGCAGGGAAGCACGGCUGGAAUUCAUCUCAAACAUCCCACCGGCUGAUGUUGCUUUGCAGCCAGAAUCCAUACCAUUGUCUGUUUGCAUAUUAUUUGCCCAAUAGUUGCAACUGAGCAGUUCCAGGGAAGAAUCUGGGACCCUUCGUGUCAGGCAGUGCACAAACACACACAGAGAGCUCAUUCUGAAGAGCUGGGACUCUGACAAGACAUGGCAAGUGAAGGAAUAAAGACACAAAGCUAUGAUUGAUUGCAGAAUUAAUUUAUUAAGCAAAUCAGAGCAUUUUGCAUAACUGCAGGAAGGCUGAACACGUAUGUUCCAAAUGUCUCUAUUUACAAAAAACCUAUUAGGAUGAGUUGCUGGAUGUUUCUUUCUUCUUCUGCCCCCUAUCCCUGAGGGUUUCCUGAAGUUAAGUAUCUGACUUGGGUCGUCGCAUCUUGUUUCUAAUGCCCAUGCAAUUAAAUCCAUGCACAGCCUGCCAUUUCACAUGCUUGGUUGAUUAUAACAUAUUACAGAACAAUUACAUUUUUCUAGUGUACCUUUAGCAAAAACAACACCCUCGCUUCUUUUAAAACAGUACAGGACAGUCAGUUGUAGAGUAGAAUUAGAACAGCGGCAUGGAGGUGAAGAGCUUUCGACCACAUUAUUUUUGGGUACAUAUGCUCCCAUAGUCACUCUUUCUACUCAAAGAAGUGUCCUUAUUUACAUUGGUGAAACAAUAAAGACCGUGCCAGAAUGGUGGCUGCUUGGGCUGCAGUUAAGAUGCAGGCUGUGCUUCUGUGAGAGGUGGGCUGGAACUAAAAGUGGAUGGGACUCCCCUUCUCUCUCUCUCUCUCUCUCUCUCUCUCUCUCUCUCCAAUGCCCCUUUCCCUUCCCCACUCCUUGCCAUCUGCAUGAAAUUAGGCCAAGGGCUGCAUGUGGCUUAAGGGAGCGCAGGUUGCCCAUACAUCUUAAAAUUAUUUGGCAAACUUAAAAAAAGCAUUUAUGGUUUAGAGUCUAGCGUUAUCUCUGGAUGGAACCUUAAUGCACAUCUCAAAGACAAUAUUUCUCAUUUGUUCCCCUUUUGCAGUUUCCAACUCUGCUCAAUGGUCACAUCCCAGUGCCAAUUCCCAGCUUGGAUGGGACUUCUUCUCCAGUUCUCCUGUCUCCAAAUGCUCAUAAAUCCUGA